CCGCUUCCGGGCGAAAGGUCGCGGCGGGAGGCUCGCGGAGGCCGGCGGUGUCCCUCCCCCCCUCCCCCGGAGCUCCUGCGUCUCCAGGAAAGGAAAUGGAGCGGGAGUGAAGCCUCCGCGGAACCCAACCCUCCCCUACCCCCCUCACCCCGCAGCGGAGGAAGCCCGGCCUGGGGGAGGCCGAGGAGCCACGGAGUGAGUGAGCAGCGGGCGGGGCCUUUGAGGGGACGGAGCGAAAGGAAGAGGCCCCGCCCCCUUUCCAAGGAGGGGGUGCGGGGGGUCCCGACCACGCUCCGAAUAGGCUUUCCCGUGGCCACGCCCUCAGCUCGGUGGCCACGCCCCCUGGAGAGAGGGUCCUGGAGACCCCACCCCUCUUAGGCCACGCCUCCAUCGCGCGAGGCCACGCCUUGGCGCCUGAGUUAAAACAGGCAGGGGGUUUUGGCCACGCCCCCUCGGAAGGGGGCUGCUGGCCACGCCCUCUCCCACUUUGGGGGCGGGUCUUUCUUCGGACCACACCCCAAAUAAGGUUCCCUUGUGCCAGGCUGAAUGUCCAUGCUCCUGGAUGGAGGGAGCGGCCUCGCUGUGGAUUAUCCACGGGAGGGGGUUGGGGUCUUGCCUCCUUGGAGGGGUAGGAAGAAAGGGGGUUGCUGGCCCCCAUGCCUUCCCCACCAGAGCCCCUUUUGGAAGGGGGGCUUCUUCAGGCCUACCCCUUCCCAUCCCAGCUUCAGAACUUGGGCGGCCCCCAUCCCUAUAGAAUAAAGAAAGAGUUUUGGACUGUUUGCUUUGGGGGGGGGGAGUUUUGUGUGGUGAGUUUCAGUGGCCUGGGUUCUUGAAGGCAUCUAAACGGCCUCGGCCCAGUAUACCUGAAGGAGCGUCUCCACCCCCAUCGUUCUGCCCGGAUACUGAGGUCCAGUGCUGAGGGCCUUCUGGCGGUUCCCUCAUUGCGAGAAGCAAAGCUACAGGGAACCAGACAGAGGGCCUUCUCGGUGGUGGCAUCCGCCCUGUGGAAUGCCCUCCCACCAGAUGUCAAAGAGAUAAACAACUACAGUGGUACCUCGGGUUACAUAUGCUUCAGGUUACAGACUCCACUAACCCAGAAAUAGUACCUCGGGUUAAGAACUUUGCUUCAGGAUGAGAACAGAAAUCGUGCUCUGGCGGCGCGGUGGCAGCAGGAGGCCCCAUUAGCUAAAGUGGUGCUUCAGGUUAAGAACAGUUUCAGGUUAAGAACGGACCUCCGGAACGAAUUAAGUACUUAACCUGAUGUACCACUGUACCUGACAUUCAGAAGACAUCUGAUGGGAGCCCUGUUCAGCGAAGUUUUUAAUGUGUGACAUCUUAGUGUAUUUUUGGUCUUUGUGGAAGCCGCCCAGAGUGGCUGGGGAAACCCAGCCAGAUGGGCGAGGUACAAAUAAAUUAUUAUUAUUAUUAUUAUUAUUAUUAUCUGGUUGGUCACUGUGAGGACAGGAUGCAGGACGAGAAGGGACAUUGGCUUGAUCCAGCAGGUUUUCCUUGUGUUACUAUGACUUAACCUAUCAUAGUGUAGGCAGCCUGUGCUUCCUUGGAUUCUGUAGGCUAUUCUGGCUGGAUCAGAAUACUGCCAAAUAUUUAAGAUCAAACAAGGUGGUAUGAUAAUAAGAAAACUUACACAUCUAUCUGGUGCAGCUGCACCAGAAUUAAUCUGCAGGUGAUAAUCUGCCUCCUCUGCCGGAGCCAGUUUGUCUCUGUAUAUCGGCUGCUGGGAAUCACAAGUUGGGAGAGCUGCUGUUGUGCUUAGGUCCUGCUUGCUGGGCUCCCGUGAGGGCAUCUGGUCAGCCACAGUGAGAAUAGGAGAGUGGACUAGGUGGGCCCUGCCGUGGCCGGAUUCAGCAGCCAGGCUCUUGUUACCAGUGUUAGAAACUGGUAUAUAAGCAUAUUGCCAAAAAAGCACCUUAAACAUAGGUUACGGUUGCCACAGCAGAAUGGCUAGACUCCAUUUCCCCUCAAUGGAGGGAGGAAUUACUUUUAUUAUUAAUUUCAUUUAUAUACAAUCAUACCUUGGGUUACAGCCGCUUCAGGUUGCGUUUUUUUGGGUUACGGACCGUCAAAACCCGGAAGUACCGGAACGGGUUACUUCUGGGUUUCGUCGGUCAUGCAUGUGCAGAAGUGCUAAAUCGCACUUUGCGCAUGCGCAGAAGCGCCGAAUUGCAACCCGCACGUGCGCAGACGCGGGUUGUGAAUUCUGCGGGUUGCGAACGUGCAUCCCGCAUGGAUCACAUUCGAAACCUGCAGCGUCCACUGUACUGUUUUGUAUUUUAAUGUGUUACAAACCACGUUUGAGUUUUUUUUCUUUAAAACACCAAAUAAAACAAUCUAGAAUAAAACAAAUUCAAGCAUCAAGUAAAAUAUUUCUGAUCCUUCCCUAAGUGACAAUUGACAUAUUUAUUUACCUGCUUAAUUUAUAGUGCUGCCCCCUAGAAGGAGGACUCCAGGAAGGUAGUGUGGUGUAGUUGGUUAGAGUGUUGGACUAGGACCUGGGAGGUCAGGGUUCAAAUCCCCACUCGGUCAAGAAUCUCACUGACUGAUCUUGGAGUCAGUCACAGCCUCUUAACCUACCUCACAGGGGUGUUGUGCGGAUUAACUGAGAUGGGUGUGAACCAUGGACUCCUUGGAGAAAAAAGUGGGAGAUAAAUGCAAUAAAUAAGCUUUUCUGCUGAUCUGCUUAAGAAAGCUGGAGGAGCCAACCAGAUGGAGAUCUCAGUCGCCAGCCUGGGCAUCCAGAGAUCUCCACAGGGUUGCGAUCCGACCUUCCCCGGUUGCAAAACACACCUGGCACCUGGGGAACUUCCAACAUGCCUUGUUACAUUCUUCUGACCUUGGCCCAGUUGCUGCUUCUCAGCCUAACCUACCUAACAGGGUUGUUUUAAGGAUAAAGGUGGGGAGAACAACCAUGUAGGAUGGAGUCAGGGGUUUGGACGAAGGGUGGAAUAAAAAUGUAAGCACCACUUUCUCCAAGAUUUUUCUGGCCUCUUGUUUGUGGUUCUCUGGAACUGCAGGAGCUGAAAAGCUCCACCUUUCAUGGCAAAACUCUGUUCCCUGCUCUUACCUCUCUCUGUGAAAUGUGUUAAGGGGGACUUUUGAAUUCUUUUCCUGAGACAUGGACCCUCCGUAAGCAGCGAUAAUGAAACAAAGGAGAUGGGGCUGUGUCUUGGCCACUAAGAUGAGAACACAAGUAUUGCUAAAAUAUUACUAUAUUGUAUUAGGAUCACUGGCGAUGACUGAUUGAGCAAGGGCUCAAAAAAAGUCAUAGUCUAUAUGUUAAUAUGUCUUUUAUAUGUUGUAGUUGCUUUAUUUUGUAAUAAGAAUAUAAUAUAUAAACAUAGCAGUUUAGAAGGGGUCCCAGGAGUAAAGGCUUGUAAGCUUUGAUUUCGUCCAAAUAAUUCUAAGACUCCUCUUGGAAACUGGGAUUAAACUCUGGUUUCUCUUUGGGGGUGGAAUGUGGAUAUUAGACACUUUCAUUCAUGGCUGGGGACUUGAGGCUUUCCACAGAAUUCUAUCUUGAAUGUCAGCCCCAUUCCUGACAUUGCUGCAACCUUCAUUCUUUCUUCCUUUCUCAGGUUUCCCCAUAUCCUUAUUAAAGGCUGAAUGUUAAAAGGGGAGAAUUUGGGGAAAUGAAUGUACCUCACUUUGAAUGCAGAAGGUCCAAGUAUGACCCGACCCCCGACCCCAGUUUCUCCAGGUAGGUCUAGGACAGGCUUCCUCAAACUCGUCCCUACAGAUUUUUUGGCCUACAACUCCCAUGAUCCCUAGCUAGCAGGACCAGUGGUCAGGGAUGCUGGGAAUUGUAGUCUCAAAACAUCUGGAGGGCCGUGGUUGAGGAAGCCUGGUCUAGGAAGAGCUUUGUCUGAAGCUGCAGUCAGAGAUCUAAAUUGAUUGAUGGGCUGACUCAGUAUAAGGCCGCUUUCACCCGAUGUUCCUGGCGAUGUCUCUGGCGCCGUGCCAUUGUACGACUCAUUGCACAAGUGAUACAGAAGAGGCCAGACAACUGGUGGUACCCUUUAUUCUUCUUUUGUGCUGAGGAUCCUAAGGGGGUCUUUAGAUUCCCCCCGUAAAAGUGAAAGUGGGGGCAGAUCCACACCCUAUAUUUAAAUCUGCUGUACAUCCAAAGCGCAUGACGUCCCCCAAAGAAUCCUGGGAAAUGUAGUUCCCACUUCCCAGAGCUAUAAUUCCCACAACUUUUAACAGCCUACAGUUCCCAGGAUUUCUCUGGGAAAAGUCACGAGCUCUAAAAGCAGUGUGAAGAUGCAGUUCCAAAGACUGCAACAUUGCAGCUGGGAGUUUUUGUGGUUUGGCAAAAGGUCCCUCUAUGCUUCACCCCCAAAACAUGUGUGUAUCUCUGCCAGUUUACUUCCAAGUGAUCACAUGCCCCCUGUUUCUUUCCGCCCUCUAGUUUCUUACUUCGUCCAAGGCUCGCUUAGCAGUUGAUGCAGAAAGUCAAGAGGGCUCGGCUGGAAAACGAAAGUGCAGGAAGUUGGAGAAGGUAACUUUCUGAAGUUGACUUGAGUAGCUUUUGGAGGAGCAGGAAGUGUUGGGGACUCAGGAGGUUAAAAACAAGGGGUUUGUUUUCUGAAUGGCAACUCCUGUCAGAUUCCUACCAUCCCUUUCUGUUAGCUGUGCUGGCUGAACUUGCUGAGAGUUGCAGUCUCAGGAUCAUAUUGAGUGCGACAGGUUUCCACUUCCCUGUUGUGACACAUUUAGAGCCAGAAAUUAAAAUACAGUUUGCCCAGACAUUGGUGUAUUGUUGUAUGAUACAGGUGGGAAACUCGCCCGCAGCCUCACUUUAUGUGGCCCAUUGACCCCUACUCCUCUUGAAGCUACAAUUCCCAGAGUGGUUUAAAAGUCAGUCCCUCUUCACAGGGAAACUCUGGGAAUUGUAGCUGUGGUAGGGGAUAUAGGGUCUCCUAGCAACUUUCAGCACCCUUAACAGACUACAGUUCCCAGGAUUCUUUGUGGAGAGCUAUGUGUGUUUGAAGGGGUACAUUAGCGCUUCAGAGGUACAAUGCGGAUGUGGCCAAGGACAAAUAGUCUAGUUUCCCCCUCCCUCUAUUAAAAUUACCCUAGUGUACCACUUGGAGUGUGGUUCCUUACACUCUGCUGCCAUACAGACAGACUUGUGAUUCUGUGAUUCUGAAAUCUAUACAGGCUAUUCCACAUUUACAGUGUGGUGUAGAGAGCCAGUGUGGUGUAGUGGUUAAGAGCGGUGGACUCGUAAUCUGGGGAACCGGGUUCGUGUCUCUGGUCCUCCACCUGCAGCUGCUGGGUGACCUUGGGCUAGUCACACUUUUCUGAAGUCUCUCAGCCCCACUCACCUCACAGAGUGUUUGUUGUGGGGGAUGAAGGGAAAGGAGAAUGUUAGCCGCUUUGAGACUCCUUUGGGUAGUGAUAAAGCGAGAUAUCCAAUCCAAACUCCUCCUCCUCUUCUUCUUCUUCUUCAUGGGGGGCUACUUUCCAAGGCUAAAAAUGUUAUAUACCACAUUUACUUGAAUCUAAUGCUUACCUUUAUCGCCAAAUUACAUUGCAAAAACUAAGGUGCACAUUAGAUUCAAUGGCACAUUUGCAUUCACCAGGAAAUACUUUUUUUGGUUUCAAGGUUCUGAAAAUUAAGGUGCGCGUCAGAUACGGUGACUUGAGUAAAUAUGGUAUUGGGAACACCACUGGAAAAAGCUUGCAACUCCCAACUCUCCGCAGUCCUCAAAAGUUCAGUGCAAGGACUCCUGGGAUUGUACUUGCAAAGGCUUGUGGGAUUGCUAGGCACUGUUUUGCAGUUUUCACGCUCUUUUAGGGCUUUUACAUGCUGCUUUCGGGUUUGCGGCAAUGUGCACGUGUGCAGUCCUGUGUGCCUUGAGCUCCUGUAAAUGGGGAGUUGCCUAUAAUGUAUUUUGUGUACAUAAAUAAUUGAGUCUUAGGAUCACACAAGGGACGCGGGACUUGCCGAUCAUAAGGUUGGCGGUUCGAAUCCCCGUGAAGGGGUGAGCUCCCGUUGCUCGGUCCCUGCUCCUGCCCACCUAGCAGUUCGAAAGCACGUCAGAGUGCAAGUAGAUAAAUAGGUACCGCUCCGGCGGGAACGUAAACGGCGUUUCCGUGUGCUGCUCUGGUUCGCCAGAAGCAGCUUGGUCAUGCUGGCCACAUGACCCGGAAGCUGUACGCCGGCUCCCUCGGCCAAUGAAGCGAGAUGAGCGCCGCAACCCCAGAGUCGUCCGCGACUGGACCUAAUGGUCAGGGGUCCCUUUACCUUUACCUUAGGAUCACACAGGAGCUGGGCUUGGGGGUUGGGCAGUUCUCUAGCCUUAUCAGUGCUCUUACAGGGACAAUCCAAAUGAUGUGUUUCAUAGCUGCCCCACAGUGUUACGAAAGAUGCUGGGACCAUCGUGUGUUUUCAGGAAAACUUUCCCUUCCUUUCCUACAGGGGGAGCUGUUGCUCAGUAGCAGAGCAUCUGCUUUGCAUGCAGAAGGUCCCGGGUGCAAACCCCGCCGUCUCCAGGUAGGAUUGGGGAACAAUGCUUGUUUUUUAACCCCUGUAGGGAUGCUGCCGCCCUCAGUGCGGAAACAAUGGAGAUAGCUAGACUGAGGCCUUAAUAAUAAUAAUAAUAAUACAUUUUAUUUAUACCCCACCCUCCCCAGCCAAGACUGGGCUCAUGGCGGCUAACAACCAAUAAUAAAAACAAGUUGAUUAAAAUACAAUUUAAAAGAUUAAGAUACAACAUUAAAACAAUUAGGAUGCAGUCUCUUCAUAGGAGGAGAAAGGAAAAAGAAAGGGGGAGGGAAUCAAACUGAUUCUGAGCCAAAGGCCAGGUGGAACAACUCUGUCUUACAGGCCCUGCAGAAAGAAAUCAGAUCCCGCAGGGCCCUGGUCUCAUGAGAUAGAGCGUUCCACUAGGCCGGAGCCAGUGUUGAGAAGGCCCUGGCUCUGGAUGAGGCUAAUCUAACUUCCUUAGGGCCCAGGACCUCUAGGGUGUUGCUAUUUAUGGACCUUGAGGUCCUCCGUGGGGCCGACCGGGAGAGGCGGUCCCGUAGGUACGAGGGUCCUAGGCCGUGAAGGGCUUUAAAGGUCAAAACCAGCACCUUGAACCUGACCCUGUACUCCACCCGGAGCCAGUGCAACUGCUAAAGCCCUGGGUGAAUAUGCUCCCAUGGCAGAGACCCCGUGAGGAGCCUCGCUGCAGCAUUCUGCACCCGCUGGAGUUUCUGGGACAGCUUCAAGGGCAGCCCCGCGUAGAGCAAAUUACAGUGGCCUUGACUCUGGCCACAUUCGCACCCACACAUUUACAGUGCUGCGGUAGCAGGUUGUAGCUUCUUCCCCCCCCCCCAAAAUAAAAAUUCUGGGAGCUGUAGUUUAUUAAGGGCACUGAGAGUUGUUAGGAGGCCUCGGUUCCUCUUCACAGGGAGCUCUGGGAUUUGUAGCUCUGUGAGGGGGAUAGGAAGGGGUUGCUAAAACUACAUUUCCCAUAUAUAUUUUUGGGUGUGGGAGCGAGCCCUGACUGUUUUAAGUGGAAUCAUAGUCCUUUAACUGUGGUGUGAGUGUGGCCUCUGUAUGAGACAGCCGUCUAUGAUCCUGUCUAAACAAGAACUAUGAGGACUGGAAUACUGCUCUCUCUUUUUUUUGGAGAGAGAAAGCAUGAUAACCAAGUGGGAAAAGUGUAAGAAGUCCGUCUCCAGGCAGGGCUGUUUAGGUCCCCUGUUCUGAAACCCCGGAGAGUGGCUGAGCUAGUUGAGUAGAGCAGCUUCCUGUGAACUAGGCCACAUCCAUGCCAUCCACAUUUAAAGCAGAUGGGCUCCCCCCCAAAAAAAAAUUUCUGCAAACUGUACAGUGGUACCUCAGGUUAAGCACUUACCGUAUUUUUCGCUCUAUAAGACGCACCAGACCAUAAGACGCACCUAGUUUUGGGAGGAGGAAAACAAGGGGAAAAAAAAUUCUGAAUCUCAGAAGCCAGAACAGCAAGAGGGAUCGCUGCGCAGCGAAAGCAACAAUCCCUCUUGCUGUUCUGGCUUCUGGGAUAGCUGCGCAGCCUGCAUUCGUUCCAUAAGACACACAGACAUUUCCCCUUUUUAGGAGGGAAAAAGUGAGUUAUAGAGCAAAAAAUACAGUAAUUCAUUCCGGAGGUCCGUACUUAACCUGAAACGCUUCUUAACCUGAAGCACCACUUUAGCUAAUGGGGCCUCCUGCUGCCACUGCGCCGGAAGAGCAUGAUUUCUGUUCUCAUCCUGAAGCAAAGUUCUUAACCUGAAGCAUUCUUUUUGGGUUAGCGGAGUCUGUAACCUGAAGCGUCUGUAACCUGAAGCAUAUGUAACCCGAGGUACCACUGUAGUUUGUUCAGGGUGCUGGGACUGGCAGCUGUGGGAGGGGUAAACUACAGUUCCCAGGAUUCUUUUGAGGGGUAAGACAUCUGCAUUAAAUGUAUGGUGUGGAUGUGGCCCCAGUCUUCUGUCCUGUGUUGUUUUGGGAAGCAGGUAGAGUAUUUGAUAUUUAACCUUCCCCUUUCAAAAGGCCUCCCUGAACCCAGCAAAGCAGAAUAUCUUUGCGAAGGCUAAGCUUGAGCCCUUCCGUCUGAUUACAAACAAUUUAUUGGGUUUUACAAUAAGAAUAAACAUAAUAAACAAUAUAACAUUUGUCUUAACAUAGUUUCACAUUUUCUUUGGACUUCCUCACAUCCCCCGCUCCCACUUUCAUCGUUAUAACAUUUUGUCAGCAAUUUAUCAUCUUAUUUAAAUUCUUAUAUCUCUUCAAUGUUUCAUAAUCUUAUAGUUCUCAUAAAGAGUUAAACUUUCACAGUCUUACUUGUUUUCUUAAAAACUUCUAAGUUAAGUGGUGCUCAGUUAUUUAGUCUAGCAUCUUAUUUAGCAUUCACUCAAAUCACAAUAUUUUUGUAGAUAGUUCUUAAAUUUCUUCCAAUCCUCCUCGAUUCUCUCUUCUCCCAGGUCACGGAUUCUGCCGGUCAUUUCAGCCAGUUCCAUGUAGUCUAUCAGUUGCAUCUGCCAUUCUUCCAGUGUGGGUAAAUCUUGAGUUUUCCAAUGUUUUGCAAGAAGUAUCCUUGCUGCUGUUGUUGCAUACAUAAAAAUGUCUGGUCCUUCUUUGCCACCCCUUGGCUGACAAUACCCAGAAGGAAAGCCUCUGGUUUCUUGGUAAAGGUAUAUUUAAAUACCUUUUUCAAUUCAUUAUAAAUCAUUUCCCAGAACGCCUUCACUUUAGGGCAGGUCCACCAGAGGUGGAAGAACGUUCCCUCACACUCUUUACAUUUCCAACACUUAUUAUCAGACAGGUGGUAAAUUUUUGCAAGUUUAACUGGGGUCAUAUACCAUCUAUAAAUCAUUUUCAUUACAUUUUCUUUCAGAGCGUUACAUGCAGUAAAUUUCAAUCCAUUACUCCACAACUUUUCCCAGUCCUCAAACAUAAUAUUAUACCCAAUGUCCUGUGCCCACCUUAUCAUAGCCGAUUUAACCAUUUCAUCUUGUGUAUUCCAUUCCAACAGCAAGUUAUACAUCCUUGAAAGUACCUUAGUCUUUGGUUCUAACAAUUCUGUUUCUAAUUUCGAUUUCUCCACCUGGAACCCUAGUUUCUUAUCAUUUUUAAAAACUUCUUUAAUCUGAGCGUAAUGUAACCAAUCUCGCACUUUGUCUUUCAUUUUCUCCAAACUCUGCAAUUUCAAAUUGUCUCCAUGUUUUUCUAGUAUUUCCCAAUAUUUUGGCCAUUUAGCCUCCAUAUUGGGUCUUUUUCGGGCCUUAGCUUCCAAAGGUGAAAGCCACCUUGGUGUUUUAUUUUCCAGCAAGUCUUUAUAUUUUGUCCAGACAUUAUACAAUGAUUUUCUGACAAUAUGGUUCUUGAAGGCCUUAUUUGCUUUAACUUUGUCAUACCAUAAAUAUGCAUGCCAUCCAAAAACAUUAUUAAACCCUUCCAAAUCCAACACAUCAGUGUCUUCAAGAAGUAGCCAGUCUUUUAGCCAGCAGAACGCUGCGGCUUCAUAAUACAACUUUAAGUCCGGCAGGGCAAAGCCCCCUCUUUGUUUUGCAUCAGUUAAUAUCUUAAACUUGAUUCUGGGCUUUUUGCCCUGCCAGACAAACUUCGAAAUAUCUCUCUGCCACUUCUGAAAGCACUCCGUUUUGUCCAAAACCUGAAGUGUUUGAAAUAAAAACAACAUCCUUGGCAAUACAUUCAUCUUAAUAGCAGCAAUUCGGCCUAACAAAGAAAGUUUCAAUUUUGACCAACUGUCUAAGUCUCUCUUAAUUUCUGCCCAACAUUUUUCAUAGUUAUCCUUAAAUAGACUUAGAUUUUUGCUGUUAUGUUUACCCCUAGGUAUUUUACUUUUUAACCACAUUAAGUUCCGUCUCAUUCUGAAACCGUUCUGACUCUGUAUCAGUCAAAUUUUUCCCCAAAACCUUAGUUUUCUGUUUAUUUAAUUUAAAUCCCGCCACCCGACCAAAAUCAUUAAUCAAUUGUAAUACUCUUUUCGUACUGGGCUCUGGCUUCUGCAGGGUCAAAACCAGGUCAUCUGCAAAAGCUUUUAGUUUAUAUUGUUUCUGACCAACCUGAAUUCCUUCCACCAACCGAUCCCCUCUAAUCAUGUUCAGUAGCACUUCCAGAACCGAAAUAAAUAACAAAGGGGAAAUAGGGCAACCUUGUCGUGUCCCUUUUUCAAUUUUGAACUCUUCUGUGACCACAUUAUUAACUAUCAGUUUAGCUUUCUGUUCUGAAUAUAUCGCCUCAAUCCCAUUCUCAAAACCCCGUCCCACUCCCAUCUCUUUUAAAUUUCCCAUCAUAAAUUUCCAAGAAAUAUUGUCAAAGGCCUUCUCCGCAUCUAUGAAAAUUAAAACUGCUUUUGUAUUUAUAUCUGUUUGCAGAAGUUCCAAAAUGUCAAUAAUGUUCCUUGUGUUAGCAAACAGAUGUCUACCUGGGAGAAAACCGGCCUGGUCCUUAUGAAUUACUUCAUUUAAUACUUUUUUAAAUCUACUUGCCAAAAUAUCUGCAAAUAUUUUGUAAUCCACAUUUAAGAGAGAGAUGGGACGGUAGUUCUUCAGUUGUGUCUUUUCAGCUUCUGACUUUGGUAUUAAUGUGAUGAACGCUUCCUUCCACGAAUCCGGUGCCCUCUUCCCUCCAUAAUUUCAUUGCUGACCUCCAUCAAGGGUUGUAUCAAAUAGUCUUUUAAUGUCUUAUAAUACUUGGAGGUCAGCCCAUCUGGCCCUGGAGAUUUGCCAAGUUGCAUGUUCUGAAUAGCUUGUUCAAUCUCCUGUCGUGUUAUUUUAGAGUUCAGGAUUGUCCUGUUUUCUUGUGACAAUUUAGAUAGUCCAUUUUUGGCAAAAAUUGUUUAAUCUCAACUUCGUCUUGCGGCCCUUGGGUGUAUAAUUUUUAAAAUAUCUCUGGAAACACUUUCUAAUAUCCACUGGAUUCUGAAUGUUUUUUCCAUCAACCUCUAAGUUUGUAACCGUGUUUAAUCUUUGUCUUCUCUUCAACUGCCAAGCUAGCAGUUUUCCACAUUUAUUCGCCGACUCAAACGUUUUUGUUUCAUUAAUUUAACCUUCCAUUCAAUUUCCUGAUUUAUCAAUUUAGAAUAUUGUGUUUGAUAGAGUUUAAUUUCUCUCAGAGUUGGCUGUGACUUUGGAUUCGCUCUUAAUUUCUUCUCUAAUUCUUUUAAUUUGUCCAAGAUCUUAUCUUUUUUCUCAUUUUGUGUUCUUUUCUUUACUACAUUCUGUUGUAUCAAGAAUCCCCUCAUUACAGCUUUGCUUGCGUCCCAGACAAUUCUUUUUCCACCGAAUUGUUCAUGUUUAUCUCAAAAUAGUCCUUCAAAACUUUUUGGGCCUUCUUGGUAAUUUCCUGAUCUCUAAACAAAUUGUCGUUCAUCUUCCAUCUAAAGGAUCCAGUUGGUAGUAGUGUCAUAUCCAUCUUUACUGCAUUAUGGUCAGAGCAGGUCUUUGGGCAGAUUUCCACUUUUCUGACCUUAGGUGCCAGGCCUCUGGAAAUCCAUAUUUGGUCGAUUCUUGUCCAGGUCAGUUGGGCUUCAGAAAAGAAUGUUCCUUCUCUACCUAGUGGGUUCUUUGUCCUCCAAAUGUCAAUCAAAUCCAUAUUGUCAGUCAUUCCAAAAAAAGUUUUAGGUAGUCUGCCGUCUUUUGUAACAUUUUGACUUUGUGACUUGUCCAUGUUAGUUGACACGACCCCGGUCAUGUCUCCCAUCAUUAUGAUGUUGUUGUAAUCCAGAUAUUCCAGCAUUGUCCCCUGCAGCUUCUUGUAAAAUUCCGAUUUCCCUUCGUUAGGUGCAUAGAUUCCUAAUAUCAACAGUUUCUCUCCUUGAUAUUGUAUCUCAUAUUGAUAUUGGAGCCCUUCCGUCUGAUGUGCUAGGUUUUUUCUUAAUGCAGGGAGCUAUUUUGAAGACGUGUGGGGAGCAUUUGUUUUACGGACCAUGCUUAUAACCAUGCUCGCAAGCAGCUAAAAACCAAAAUUACAGUACCCAGAUUGGUUUGCAGCAAUCAGUAAUAAGAGUUACCUGCCCCACAGGCUUACAGUCCAAAAGACAAUGCACAAAAAGAAAAGGGGUUGGUGGAGAGGAGGAAAGACAAACCAGCACAGGCAGUACUUUUUGGAGUUUGUAUAAUUAUUUUUUUCUGAUAGGAAGGAGGGAGUCAUAUAUAUAUAUUAUUAAAUUUUCUGUUAUACAGUUGAAAGUAUUGAUCUGUACAUCCUUAAGAUAUCGAUGACUUCCCUUCUCUUUCCAUGGUUCAUUUUACAUAUCAUUAAUCCCUGCGGUUGGCGCUGUGGUCUAAACCACUGAGCCUCUUGGGCUUGCCGAUCAGAAGGUGGGCGGUUCGAAUCCCCACAACGGGGUGAGCUCCCUUUGCUCGGUCCCUGCUCCUGCCAACCUAGCAGUUUGAAAGCAUGUCAAAGUGCAAGUAGAUAAAUAGGUACCGCUCCGGCGGGAAGGUUUCCGUUCGCUGCUCUGGUUUCACCAGAAGCAGCUUAGUCCUGCUGGCCACAUGACCCAGAAGAACUGUCUGCAGGCAAACAUCGGCUCCCUCGGCCAGUAAAACGAGAUGAGCGCCGCAACCCCAGAGUUAUUCGCGACUGGACUUAACUGUCAGGGGUCCUUUACCUUUGAUCCCUGCAUAUGUUACAAAAACUAUACCAUUCAGUAUUCCAUUAUUACAAUCAUCUUAAUUUAUACUUUAUAUAAUUUGGAAGACAUCUGAAAGCAUCCCUGUUUAGUGAAGCUUUUAAAGACUAUUGUAUUUUACUAUUCUUUUGGAGGCUGCCCAGAGUGGCUGGGAAAACUCAGCCAGAUGGGCGGGGUAUAAAUAAUAAAUUAUUAUUAUUAUUGUUAUACUGUUGAUUUUUUUUUAAUGCUGCCAGCGUUUUCAGCCAUACACAGUUAUUUCCCAUAUAUUCAGUUAACGUUUUCCAAUCUUCUCUAAAUGUAUGUUCUUGUUCUCUUAUUCUAUAAGUUAAAUCUUCAAGUUGCGCAUAUUCUGUCAAUUUAAGUUCCAAUUCUUCUUUAGUUUGGAUCUCGCUCGUUUUCCAUUGGGGGGCUAACAAAACACGGGCCGCAGUAGUAGCAUACAUAAAUAAGCUUUUAUGGCACCUGGGGAUUUCUGUCUGAAUUAUCCCCAACAGAAAGGACUCUGGUUUGGGGGGGGGAGUACUUUUAAACAUUUUUUUCCAGUUCAUUAUGGAUCAUUUCCCAAUACCCUUUUACCUGUUUACAAGUCCAUCACAUAUGAAAGAAUGUUCUUCCGCCUCUUUGCAUCUCCAGCACUUAUCUGAGCGUGUUGUUCUUUAGUUGUGUGGUCUCAGACUGGACUGAUAACAGUUCAAGAGAACCUUGACUAUCAGAUAAACCAGGCUUCCUCAAACUCGUCCCUACAGAUGUUUUUGGCCUACAACUCCCAUGAUCCCUAGCUAGCAGGACCAGUGGUCAGGGAUGCUGGGAAUUGUAGUCCCAAAACAUCUGGAGGGCCGAGGUUGAGGAAGCCUGAGAUAAACUAUGAAUGAACCCUGACUGGAUGGAAUUGAUGCGCCCCCUCCCCUUUCUCUCUCCCUUUCUCUAUCUGUUUCCCCAAUCCACCAAUCCCCCCUCCCCCAGCUGCCUAACCAAUUCAGGAGGAAGGCUGAAGAUGACAGCGGUGGACGCCCUGUCCGACAGCUCAGACGCCGUGGAGAUGGAGGACACGUCCGCUUCCCACUUCCAGGUGGAGAAGCAUUCGUGGGAGGGUCUGCGUGACAUCAUCCACAGCAGCCGCAAGUACACGGGCAUGAUCGUGAACAAGGCGCCCCAUGACUUCCAGUUCGUGCGGAAGACCGAAGAGUCAAGCCCUCACUCCCAUCGGCUGUAUUACCUGGGUAAGAUUGGAUUGGGCUGCGAACCAAAGAGUCGGAGGCACCUUGUGUCUCAGUGGAAUUGCCUAUAAUUGAAAACCAUUGAAAAAACUUGCAAACACCCUGUUCUGCCCCAACCCCUGUUCCACCCUUUUGGUGACGUUUCAGUUACGCCUUUAUGAUGUUUCCAGGUUACCUCUGGGUUCAGUGUGAUGUGUGUAUACGCAUGCACAUAUUGAACGUGUGUAAACGGAGGGCUGCCUGUAUUUAUUUACUUUAUAUUUAUUUUUAAAUGUGCAUCGUUCCUUUUUGAGGGGCUUCUUCCAUGAAGCAGCUUACAAUCUUAAAAGCAAAACAAAACCCAACUCCACCUGACGGACGUGGGUUCUAGGAGUUCUGUGGAUUCUCUCUCACUUUCUCCCUCCCUCUCCCUAACUCUCUUGAUAGAGGGUGGAUUUAAGGCAUGAGUAGGCAAACUAAGGCCCGGGGGCCGGAUCUGGCCCAAUCACCUUCUGAAUCCGGCCUACAGACUGUCCGGGAAUCAGCGUGUUUUUACAUGAGUAAAAUGUGUGCUUUUAUUUAAGAUGCAUCUCUGGGAUAUUUGUGGGGCAUAGGAAUUAGUUCAUUUUUUCCAUUCAAAAUAUAGUCCGCCCCCCAACAAGGUCUGAGGGACAGUGGACCAGCCCCCUGCUGAAAAAGUUUGCUGACCCCUGAUCUAAUGGCUUGGAGAUAGGUAAUUUUCAUUUAUGUGUGGAAGCCUUGGAACCAGACCCCCGCCUAAGAUGCGAUCGUACUGUACAGGACAGCUAAACAAUAAACCAGCAUUUUGAAAGAAAUUCAGAAAUACUCUUGCAAGAGCAAGAAUUUUAAUUGCUAAGGUAUGGAAAGGAGAUUCUACUCCCUCGAAAUUAGAUUGGCAAAAUAAAAUGUUAGAAUAUGCAGAACUAGCAAUAUUUAACAGCAAGAUUCCGAGACCAUACAGAUCAAAUAUUUAAUAGAGAGUGGAAUAUUUACAGAGAAUAUUUAAAAGAACAUUGUAACAACAUAAAUUCUUUGGCAAGUCUGGAUUGAUUUCUGCAUGAAAUAAGAGAUGGCUACAGAAUUAACAUAACAGAAUAACUUAGGAGAGAUAAAGUUGUGUAGCUGUAAUGAAACUUAGAAAGCACAAUGGGGGCGGGGAUCGGAAGUCAUAUUAGAAUUAGUGAUGGAUGAACUCAAUCUUUUCUUUUUUGCGUGUACGGAGUGUUAAAUUUGGAUUGCCAUUUGCUGAUUGUUGCGUAGUGUCUUGGUUUUUUUUUAAAUACAGUGGUGCCCCGCAAGACGAAUGCCUCGCAAGACGGAAAACCCGCUAGACGAAAGGGUUUUCCGUUUUUGAGUUGCUUCGCAGGACGAAUUUCCCUAUGGGCUUGCUUCGCAAGACGAAAAUGUCUUGCGAGUCUUGAGAUUUUUUUUCGCUUCCCCCCCCUUUUUCUAAGCUGCUAAGCCUUUAAUAGCCUUUUAGCAGCUAAGCCGCUAAGCCUUUAAUAGCCGCUAAACCGCUAAUAGCGCUAAUCCGCUAAGCCGCUAAUAGGGUUGCUUCGCAAGACGAAAAAACCGCUAGACGAAGACACUCGCGGAACGGAUUAAUUUCGUCUUGCGAGGCACCACUGUAAAAAGUAAUAAAGCAUUAAAAGAAAGAAAGAAAGAAAGAAAGUCAGAAAUAAGAACGUAAAAGCAUAAGGCAGAUUGAAAAACAGUAUUAAAACCAAAAAGCCAACAAGAAACACUCAUGUCCUGCUAUCCAAAUUCUCAUUAUAUGAAAAUUCACUUAUCCAAACACAAUGAGUUAGUACCCAAACCUCACUAUGCACACUGCAGAUUCAGAUAUCCAAACCUGUACUGUAAACAAGUAAGUGGGUCUUAAACAAGCGUUCCUUGUCUUUUGCAGUCAUUUUUCCAGAAACCAUGGUGGGAGAGAGGGACGGGGGAGAGAGAGCGCGUUUUCCCCUUCAUUGUUUGCCUUUUGCAAGGAUUCAGAGAAUUUCCCUGGGUUUCCCUGUUUGUCAAGUUUUUGUGCAUUAGAAAAUACCCCAUGGGAAUCGAUGGAAAUCGUUGGCUUGUUAUGCGAACGUUCACCUAACAAUUGAUUUCCUGAGAAUGUAUUGUGUUUGGACAGCGGGAGCUGUGCGUAGACUAAUUUGAGGAGGUGGAGAGUGGCGUUGAAUGGCAAUUAUGGGGUUUUCGCUUCACUUCUAUGAGGAGAGAAUUCUAGAGAACUUGUGGCACUAUAUAGUGGAUGCUCAGUUUGCAAACGUGAUCCAUGUGGGAGGCACGUUCGCAACCCGCACCGCCGCGUCUGCACACGUGCGGGUCGUGAUUUGGCGCUUCUGUGCAUGUGCAAAGCGUGAUUUAGUGGUUCUGCGUGAGUGCCGAAACCUGGAAGUUACCUGUUCCAGUACUUCCAGGUUCGGUGCGGUGUGCAACCUGAAGGCACACAACCUGAAGCGCUUGUAACCCGAGAUAUGACUGUACUGUAAAAGCACGAGCUUGAAUUGGUUCCCAUUUCAACAGGAAUGCCAUACGGAAGCAGGGAGAACUCCCUCCUCUACUCUGAGAUUCCCAAAAAGGUACGGAAGGAAGCCUUGCUCCUGUUGUCGUGGAAGCAGAUGUUGGACCACUUCCAGGUGAGGCGCGGUGGAGGGUGGGCUGUGGCUUCACUGCGCUCGGCGGACUUGGGAACUGUUCUGGGGGGGAAACCAGAACAAAAAUAAUAAUUCUGAUUCCACAUCUAGAAUAAAUCGGAGGCAGGGAAUCUUUUUCCGUGAUGGAGGCUGACUCCCACAGCAGAAGCUGGCACUGCCCAAGAUUCUCGCUCCACCCACUCUAUUGGGGCAGCUCCAUCAGGCCUCAGCUCCUAUUCCAUCAGGCUGCCUAAGUGAGAGAGAUGGGAAGCCGAAGACUCGCUCCAUCAGCUUGGUUGAAAGACCAGCUCCCCCCAGGCACCUCCUGUCCCUAAAACUAUGCAAGCUGGUCAUAAGAACAGCUGUUUUAAAAACCAGUGCCUGAGUUUGAUUUCCUCUCCCCACUGUCCCUUUUCUCUUAUAUAAUAAUAAUAAUAGUAAUAAUAAUAAUUUAUUUAUACCCCGCCCAUCUGGCUGAGUUUCCCCAGCCACUCUGGGCGGCUCCCAAUCAAGUGUUAAAAACAAUACAGCAUUAAAUAGUAAAAACUUCCCUAAACAGGGCUGCCUUCAGAUGUCUUUUAAAGAUAAGAUAGCUGCUUAUUUCCUUCACAUCUGAAGGGAGGACAUUCCACAGGGCAGGUGCCACUACCGAGAAGGCCCUCUGCCUGGUUCCCUGUAAUCUUACUUCUCGCAAUGAGGGAACCGGCAGAAGGCCCUUGGAGCUGGACCUCAGUGUCCGGGCAGAACGAUGGGGGUGGAGACGCUCCUUCAGGUAUACAGGACCGAGGCCAUUGAGGGCUUUAAAGGUCAGCACCAACACUUUGAAUUGUGCUUAGAAACGUACUGGGAGCCAAUGCAGAUCUGUCAGGACCGGUGUUAUGUGGUCCCGGCGGCCGCUCCCAGUCACCAGUCUAGCUACCGCAUUUUGGAUUAAUUGCAGUUUCUGGGUCACCUUCAAAGGUAGCCCCACGUAGAGCGCAUUGCAGUAUACACCACCCUAUAACCUGGGUCUCAGGGUGGUUCACAGAAUAAAAUCAAGAUAUAAAAACACAAAACACAUAAUAAAAAUGAAAACAACAACCCAGUAGCUCCCCCCCCAUCACAUUUUAAAAGGGCAUAGCAUGUAAAUCAGAUCAACCAAAAGCCUGGUUAAAAAGGAACGCUUUUGCCUGGCAUGUAAAGAUUGUAUAAUGAAGGCACCAGGCAAACUUCCCUGGGGAGAGCAUUCCACAGAAGGGGAGCCACUGCAGAGAAGGCCCUGUUCUUGUGUUGCCACCCUCCGCACCUCUUGAGGAGGAGGCACACGACGGAGGGCCUCAAAAGUUGAUCUCAGGGUCCGGGUAGGUUCAUAUGGAAAGAGGCGGUCCUUGAGGUAUUGCGGUCCUGAGCCGUUUUAAGGCUUUGUAGGUCAAAACCAGCACUUCCUUGUGUGUUGUGCAUUUUUCGAUUCUAAGCCUGCAGGCAGGACUUUCUUGUUCCAACUGAUUAUAUGGAAGCCGCUCUGGGAGGCUGGGUUUCUUUGGGGGAUACAAAUCCCCCUAAGUAAACAAAUAAGAUUUGCACAGUAGGUUGGUGGCAGAGCUUUCUCGUGUUUUCUCUGCGUGUACCUUCAUGACCUUUUUGGGGGCCCCCCUCCCCUGUUUUCCACCAGGCCACCCCCCACCACGGGAUGUAUUCCAGGGAGGAAGAGCUGCUGAGGGAACGCAAGCGGCUAGGGGUCUUUGGGAUCACUUCCUACGACUUCCAUAGCGAGAGCGGCCUCUUCCUGUUCCAGGCCAGCAACAGCCUUUUCCACUGCCGGGACGGAGGCAAGAAUGGCUUUAUGGUGAGCAUGCGUUAAAGGCAGCAGCCAUCCCACGCUGCACUGAUUCACAGCGCUUGGUAAUUGUUGGUAAACUGCCCUUGGGUAUGGAGGUUCUCUUUGCUCUCCUGUUCUUAUCCACAGCGCUUAGUAAUGGUCAGUAUAUGGUCGUACCUCCGCUUACGUAUCCCUCUUUCGGUUUCUCCUUUCUGAACCUUUCGAUUUAGUCUACCUUGAACCUCUGAACGUUCAGCUUCAUGGGUUGUGCAUGAAUUCUAGUACUUUCAAAAAAGAGAGGAAAACUUUCUCCCCACUCUCCCUGCGCCGUGGAGAGUUCACAGGUGUGUGUGCUGCUUGCCCGCAGGUGUCUCCGAUGAAGCCGCUGGAAAUCAAGACGCAGUGCUCAGGCCCCAGAAUGGAUCCCAAAAUCUGCUCCGCCAAUCCGUCUUUCUUCUCGUUCAUCAACAACAACGACCUUUGGGUUGCCAGCAUCGAGACUGGGGAGGAGCGGAGGCUGACGUAUUGCCAGAAAGGUGAGCGCUGUCUAUAACACUCCUGUCUUGUGUGGAGGGGAAGAUAAAUAUCCCUGCCUGAUUUUUUUUCUGCCUGGUACCAGAUCAGCCUCUAAAUUACCGUAUUUUUCGCUCUAUAAGACGCAACCCCCCUUAAAAAGUAGGGGGGAAUGUGUGUGCAUUUUAUGGGGCGAAUGCAGGCUGCGCAGCUUUCGCUGAAGCCAGGAGAGCAAGAGGGAUCGAUCCCUCUUGCUCUCCUGGCUUCGUUUCGCUGAAGAGCCGCUGGGCAGCUUUCCCUCUCUGCGCAGCGCCCCUUCAGCGAAGCAGCAGGAGAAACGGAGCCCCUUCCGUUUCUCCUCCCGCUUUGCUGGAGAGGCACUGAGCAGAGAGGGAGAGAACAUUUUUUUUCUUGUUCUCUAAAACUAGGUGCGUCUUAUAGAGUGAAAAAUACGGCACUAAAUUAACUUAGCUGGUAAGUUAAGGCAAUUGUUGUUGGCAUCUGUCUUGGGAAGCAAUGCAGGAGAUGAAGUCAGAAUGUUGGCAGGCUGCAGCCCCUGCUUUGGCUGUAGACACUGAUGCAGGAGAGACAUGUUUUGUUGCAGUUGGGACAGAUGAAGGUGUCCUGUUGGGCUGCUGCAGAAGCCCCAUGGUGUUUCCUCUCUCUUUGCUCCUCCCAGCAACCAUUCCUCCUCUGAUCACUGCUGUGGAUGCCACAACCUGACUUUCUGUCUCCAGGCACUGUGGUCCUUUGGGUUGAUACUGCCAAUCCUUCAUGUCUUGUUUGCAAAUACCAGCAUGGUUAAUGGUCAUGUCCAUAGAUUUCCUAAAUGGGAGGUGUACAAUGACCUCGGAGCCCAAGCCUAGUCUUUCUGUCCCUUGUAUUCAAAUAAUCCGAUAUGAUAGCUGAAGAGAGCGGGAAUUCUUGUGUAACCAAUUCCCAUGUAUCCGGUAAAUCAGAAUUACAAUCCUUAGAGCUUUUUGGAGGGUUAUAAACAUUUGUUCAGGUCUGUUCAGAACCUUGUAGGCUACUCAGGUGAAUAAUUUGAAGACAAGGCAAGUUGACUUUUAAGUUAGUGGCCACCCCAAAAGCAGAGCCACCUGUGAUCCUUCCCUUCUUACGAUAAUUCCUCAGGGCAGUGAGAUGAUGCUGUUGGGGGACACAACCAUUUUCUGGAUGGUAUGCUAGGGACUUCCUGUAUGACCAGUGGCCUAAGCCCUUACUCCUCUGCCAGGGCUGGGCAGGUGACAUGAAAUGAGGAAUGUAAAAAGCCCUCCUGCAGCUCCCUGCGACCCCAAAAGCAGAGGAUGACUUGCUCUGGAGAGAAGGGAACACAGUCAUCUUGACUCACACAUCUCUUCGCAUAUGGGCCUUGCCUGCAGAAGGACAUGGAAGAGAAGGCCUGGCUCGGUUAUUUCAUUUACCGUAUUUUUCGCUCUAUAAGACGCACCAGACCACAAGACGCACCUAGUUUUUGGAGGAGGAAAACAAGAAAAAAAAUAUUCUGAAUCUCAGAAGCCAGAACAGCAAGAGGGAUCGCUGCGCAGUGAAAGCUUCUGUUCUGGCUUCUGGGAUAGCUGCGCAGCCUGCAUUCGCUCCAUAAGACACACAAACAUUUCCCCUCACUUUUUAGGAGAAAAAGUCUUAUAGAGCAAAAAAUACGGUAUAUCAUAAAAUGGCCUUGACUAUGAGCAAGGCAGCUUCCCUUUUUCUUAGGGCCCAUCGGAGAAAACCACUCAGGGCUAGGUGAUCAUAGCCAGCUGUUGUAGGUUCAAGUCCCUGGCCCAAACUCUGCCUCCUUUCUCCCCACUGCAGGCUUAUCCAGUGUGCUAGAUGACCCCAAAUCUGCAGGCGUAGCCACGUUCGUCAUUCAGGAGGAGUUUGACCGGUUUACGGGGUACUGGUGGUGUCCCACAUCUUGCCAAGAAGGUGAGUGCUCUGGGCACCUAGGCUACGCAACGAUCCUACCAGCGCUUAGAUCAGCCUUCUCCCAUCUUUUGUCCCCAAGUGUUGUUGGACUACAACUCAGAUCAGUCCUUGACAGCAUGGACAGCUAUCAGGGAGGAUGAGUUGCCUUUUCUCUCAAAGCCCAAAACACAGCAACCUUUUCUUAUAGGGGAGCCACUCCAUCCCCAUUACGCAGGUGCUGCUGUGGUCUAAACCACUGAGCCUCUUGGGCUUGCCAGUCGGAAGGUCAGCGGUUUGAAUCCCCGCGACGGAGUGAGCUCCUGUUGCUCUGUCCCAGCUCCUGCCAAGCUAGCAGUUUGAAAACACGCCAGCGCAAGAAGAUAAAUAGGUACCACUCCGGCGGGAAGGUAAAUGGCGUUUCAAUGUGCUGCUCUGGUUUCCAUCACGGUGUCCCGUUGUGCCAGAAACAGUUUAGUCCUGCUGGCCACAUGAAGCAGAAAGCUGUCUGUGGACAAACGCCAGCUCCCUCGGCCUGAAAGUGAGAUGAGCGCCGCAACCCCAUAGUCACCUUUGACUGGACUUAAGCAUCCAGGGGUCCUUUAAAGGUAAAGGUAAAGGGACCCCUGACCAUUAGGUCCAGUUGCGGACGACUCUGGAGUUGCGGUGCUCAUCUCACUUUAUUAGCCGAGGGAGCUUCCAGGUCAUGUGGCCAGCAUGACUCAGCCGCUUCUGGCGAACCAGAGCAGCGCACGGAAACGCUGUUUACCUUCCCGCUGGAGCGGUACCUAUUUAUCUACCUGCACUUUGACGUGCUUUCGAACUGCUAGGUUGGCAGAGUCCUUUACCUUAUUAUUAUUAUUAUUAUUUAUUAUUCACAUACCACCCUUCAACUGAAAAUCUCAGGACUGUUCACAAUAUAUAAAUACAGGAUAAAAGCACAAAAUAAAGAGUUAAAACAAAAACAAAGCAAAACAAUACACCCUCAAACACAUUUAAAAGGUCUUAAAAUAUUAAUCAGCCAAAGGCCUGGUGGAAGAGGAACUUUUUUGCUUAAAGAUGUACAAUGAAGGCACCCAGACAAACCUUUGGGAGAGCAUUCCACAAACAGGGAGCCACCACGGAAAAGGCCCUGUUCUUGUGUUGCCGCUCUCUGGACCUCUCGUGGAGGAGGCACACAAAGAAGGGCCUGGCUAUUUGACGGCUUCCUGUGUUUGUGUUCAGUCCAGCCUUUUCUUCAGAGCAAUGAGGGCUGCAGUCUCAACUUUAUUUUUAAAGGGAGGAUUUUGGGCACAGAGUCUGGGUUGGUUUAUAUGGGGAAGGGCAGUCCUUGAGGUAUGGCCCGUUUUCCUGAACCUUUUCCAGCUCUACAAUAUCCCUUUGGAGGUGAGCGAGUCCCAUAGGCUAAUUCUGUGCUGCGUGAAUAAAUACCUUUACCUGUCAACAGUUUCCACAUUGAGCUUUCAUGUGGCAUAGAAGCCGCUUCCAGGAAUAUAGCAGAAUAGAGCACAAGUUUAGCACUUAUUUUUGUGAUAUUUUGCAAAUGAAAAUUCCCCCCACCCCUGGAAAUGACCCCUGGAAAUGACCGCUAAGCUUGCACCACGUUUUUCUACAUUUCUGGAAGUGGCUUUUGUGUCAUGUGAAAGCUGAAAACACAAUGCAGAAAUUAGCAGUUAGGGAAAAACCUUGGGAAAAUGGGAUAAACCGCUCUGCAAAUGCAGCCUUGGACCACAAGCUUCUAGACAUGUGAGCAGGAGUGUUUUCCUUGGAGAGAUAUAGCAGCAGUUUCCUGCCGCGCAUUGCUGCAUGCAGAAGAAGUCUGUGUUGCACAGUCCUCUUCUUGUUGAAUGGGCCACGCUCCGAGGUCAGUGUGUGCAGGAAGAGACUGCUGGGAGGAGCUGCCUCAGAAUUCACCUCCCCAUCUCGCCUCCUCAACCUAGGUCCCGAGGGCUGGAAAACGUUACGAAUCCUCUAUGAGGAGGUGGACGAGUCGGAGGUGGAGAUCAUCCAUGUUCCUUCUCCCGCCCUGGAAGAAAGGAAGACGGACUCGUACCGCUACCCCAGGACAGGUCAGUGGGGGAGCUGUGGGGUGAGGAUGAAGGGGGCUUGGAAAACCCCACCUGGUGGACGACAUCACCUUCUGCCUCUGAUCCUUUUAACCAGAGGUGGACAGAGUUGAACCUGGAACUCGCAGAAUUCCUUAAGAGGCGCCAUAAGAGUGUCCUUCUUGAACUGUGGUGCCCAGAACUGGACACAGUACUCCAGGUGAGGUCUGACCAGAGCAGAAUAUAGUGCCACUGUAUUCUGCUCUGGUCAGACCUCACCUGGAGUACUGUGUCCAGUUCUGGGCACCACAGUUCAAGAAGGACACUGACAAACUGGAACGUGUCCAGAGGAGGGCAACCAAAAUGGUCAAAGGCCUGGAAACGAUGCCUUAUGAGGAACGGCUAAGGGAGCUGGGCAUGUUUAGCCUGGAGAAGAGGAGGUUAAGGGAUGAUAUGAUAGCCAUGUUCAAAUAUAUAAAAGGAUGUCACAUAGAGGAGGGAGAAAGGUUGUUUCCUGCUGCUCCAGAGAAGCGGACACGGAGCAAUGGAUCUAAACUACAAGAAAGAAGAUUCCACCUAAACAUUCGGAAGAACUUCCUGACAGUAAGAGCUGUUUGACAGUGGAAUUUGCUGCCAAGGAGUGUGGUGGAGUCUCCUUCUUUGGAGGUCUUUAAGCAGAGGCUUGACAACCAUAUGUCAGGAGUGCUCUGAUGGUGUUUCCUGCUUGGCAGGGGGUUGGACUCGAUGGCCCUUGUGGUCUCUUCCAACUCUAGGAUUCUAUGAUUCUACCUCCUCUUUCUUGUAUUUCUCCGUGGAUUCUCAUUUUCUUCUGGGAAAGCCAGAUCAUUUAAAUUUUUGCUGCCCAGUGGCUGCCACAGUUGUUACUCACAAGAAAAAGAAAUGCAAGGUAGUCCAAUAGCAGGUUUUAUUGUUGUAAUCUUAGGGUGAAGGGUAAUAAUGGUAGAGAUGGCAGUCGUCCUGUGCUAUUGACCAGCCAAGAACCUGGCUUGACCUCUUCAACCUGUUGGAAAACACCCUGGGGUGCUCCUGCAGCCCCCGCUGUCUGAGCAUCCUCUGGUAUGUGCAGCUCUGGAAAAGGCAUUUCCCUUCUUCUCCAGUGCGCUCAGCGACAUAUACCAGAUGGUAAAGGCACACUACACUUCUGGCAUUACACAGCAAGAAGCAUGAGACGUCAUAGAACUAAUCUACGUAUUUAUUUACGCACUGUGUACAGACAAAGCAUUAUGGUGUCUCUCACCAGCUCCGAGAGAGAACAGAAUGAAGUAAAAGCAAAAGUACAGUCCAACAGUACAGACAGUGGAAGAGAGAUAAGGCUGUAUUCUGUUCCCACGGUCUUCCCAGACAGGCAUGUGAUUUACACCAAUCUCAUCUGCAGCAUCGGAUGCGUGAAAUACAGUGGUGCCUCGCAAGACAAAAAACUCGCUAGACGAAAGGGUUUUUUGGUUUUGCGUUGCUUCGCUAGACGAAUUUCCCUAUGGGCUUGCUUCGCAAGACGAAAACGUCUUGCGCUUUUUUCUUAAAGCCGCUUGAAGAGGCGCAGUUGCGACGGACCGUGCUUCGCAAGACGAAAAACAUCGCAAGACGAAAAGACUCGCGGAACGAAUUAUUUUCGUCUUGCGAGGCACCACUGUACUAACACAACCUACAUGAAGGGAAAGGAGUGUUAAAAGCAUUCAGCUCAGCUGCCUCCUCAUGUCCUUCUUUCCCUCCAUUCCAGGCAGCAAGAACCCCAAAAUCUCGCUGAAGCUUGCUGAAGUUCAAGUGGAUAGCCAAGGGAAGGUAAGGGAGCUGGGUUCCAGUUUGUUAAUUGUCUUUGACUUCUUUCCUCUCGGGUGUUCCUUUGCAAAGCAAACUCAAAAGCAGCUCAAGGUAUUAAUAGCACGGCACCCCGAAAGGAAUUAAACCCAUAACUAAAGGUACCACUGUAGUAAUGCCUUGAACUUGGCCCAGUAGCAAAGUGGCGGCUGGUGCGAAUUUCUGAGCACAGCCGUUUUGUGCCAGCAAGACUCGUGUCAGCAACCCGUCGCCGUCUCUUAGCCUAACCUACAUCCCAGGGUGGUUGUGAGGAUGAAAUGAGGAAGGAGGAGAACCUUGUGCACCACCUUGGGCUCCCCUGGAAGAAAAAGGCGGCCCUCAUAAAUGUAAUAAAUAAAGGCAGGCAGCUUCCUGUUUCCUCACGUUCAGUAUAUAUGUGCAUUGCAUCAAACCCAGAAGCGAAACAUCGCAAAGAUGUCACUAAAAGGGUGCUUGCAGGCCUUUCCAACGGCUUUCUAUUAUGCACGAUUUCACAGAUGAGUGCGGUGCCUUGAAACGCAACCCCUGCGUAAACAUGGAGAAUAAAUCAAAAUUCGUAUAAACAGUGCAAUCUAUAAGGCACCAAAGCCCAUAACAUAGAAUUCCGCUCGCUCAGCAUUCACACCUCUGCCUCAGUCCACUGACACCUGCAUGCGUUCAGCCACACUUGGAACUUCCCAACAGUUACAGGUUCCAGAAAUCCCCUGGGUGCGUAGAUACAAAGGCCGCUCUGCAGCGCUGGCAUCAUAGAGAUGGAAGGGACCACCAGGGGUCAUCUUGCCUUAAGUCCCUGCCACGCAGGAAGCUUUUGACCCAUGUGGGGGUGGGAACCCCCUCCCCGAGAUGAAGAGUCUUGUGCUCUACAGCUGAAGUACCCUAGCUGUUUCUCCCGUGGCCUGAUGGAGCGGGUGCUGUCAGUGGCGGGUUAAGUGGAGGGACGCGGGUGGCACUGUGGAUUAAACCACAGAGCCUAGGACUUGCCGAUCAGAAGGUCGGCGGUUCGAAUCCCCGCGACGGGGUGAGCUCCUGUUGCUCAGUCCCUGCUCCUGCCAACCUAGCAGUUCGAAAGCACGUCAAAGUGCAAAUAGAUAAAUAGGUACCGCUCCGGCGGGAAGGUAAACGGCGUUUCCAUGCGCUGCUCUGGUUCGGCAGAAGCGGCUUAGUCAUGCUGGCCACAUGACCCGGAAGCUGUACGCCGGCUCCCUCGGCCAUUAAAGCGAGAUGAGCGCGGCAACCCCGGAGUCGGCCACGACUGGACCUAAUGGUCAGGGGUCCCUUUACCCUUUACCUUUUUAAAAAGUAAAAACGAGUGGCAACUUCUCCCCUUUCCUCUUUCCUCUUUGCAGAUAGUAUCUUCCCAGGACAAGGAGCUGGUGCACCCCUUUUCAACGAUGUUCCCGCGGGUGGAGUACAUCGCACGUGCCGGGUGGACCCAGGAUGGUAAAUAGUAAGUGGACUUUAGUAAGCGCAGUGGGGAAAGCAGGGAGCUCCUUAUCCCUGGCCAGACCGUUUGUCCAUCUCGCCCAGUGUUGCUUGUCCUUACGGGCAGUGUCUCUCCAAGGUCUCAGCAGAGAGAGAAAGAGGGUUUCCUCGCCGCUGGGCUCCUCUGUUCCAGUGUGGUGUAGUGGUUAAGAGCCGUAGUCUCGUAAUCUGGUGAACCUGGUUCAGUUCCCCGCUCCUCCACAUGCAGCUGCUGGGUGACCUUGGGCUAGUCACACUUCUCUGAAGUCUCUCAGCCCCACUCACCUCACAGAGUGUUUGUUGUGGGGGAAGAAGGGAAAGGAGAAUGUUAGCCGCUUUGAGACUCCUUCGGGUAGUGAUAAAGCGGGAUAUCAAAUCCAAACUCUUCUUCUUCUUCUUAACUGGGGAUUGAGCCUGGGGCGUUUCUGCAUGCAAAGUGGACGUCUUGCAGCUUCCCCCUGUGGUUCCUCUCCAUGUGUGUCUCGUGUCCGGCCCCUGCCUGAGAAGUUCUCGCAGAUUUAGGCUCAUCCGCACUUCCAUUCAAUCGGAACAAAACUGAAUCACGAGGAGGGAUUCUUGGUUUGCUGUUGUUCUUUAUUUUUUGCUAUGUUAUUUUGUGGUUUUAUAUGGUGAUUUUAUGUUGGGAACUGCCCUGAGAUCUGCGAAUGAAGGGCGGUGUACAAAUUUAAUAUGUUGUUGUUGUUAAUACAUGGUUGUUGUUAAUUCAAUUUAUAUACAUCCCUUUUUGGAAAGAUCUCAGGGCAGUGUGCAACAUUAGAAACACGUCACAAAACACCAGUGAUAAAAACAUAAUGAAGACAUAGUCAUGUGUAGGCAAACUAAGGCCUGGGGGCCAGAUCUGGCCCAAUUGCCUUCUAAAUCUGGCCCGCGGACAGUCUGGGAAUCAGCAUGUUAUUCCAUAAGUAGAAUGUGUCCUUUUAUUUAAAAUGCAUCUCUGGGUUAUUUGUGGGGCAUAGGAAUUCAGUUUUUUUGUUUUGUUUCCCCCCAAAAUAUAGUCCGGCCCCCCACAAGGUCUGAGGGACAGUGGACCGGCCCCCUGCUGAAAAAGUUUGCUGACCCCUGACAUAGUCAGAAGCAUGUCAUGGAAUUCUUCUCAGUAUUGAUCCAGAGCAGAUUCCAGCGUAUAGUUAGCAGAGUAAACAACCUAUAAAUACAUUGCAGGAUUCCCAAACAAAAUAGGCCAGAGGCAAUUAAUAUUUCAUUCAGCAGAGCUUUACUGCUACUGAAGGCAAAUGAGCAUAAUGGUCACAAAUCCUAUACAUUCAGGAUUGGCACCGUCAAUCAAUCCACCCUGAAGGAGAGGCUACCACCUUGUGAGGCUGUUCGUUUUUUGGGUCUCCCAGUUACGAAAUAUUGAUUCUCCCACUCUCUUCCUCUCUGUGUCUCUCUCUGCUCAGUGCCUGGGCCAUGUUCCUUGACCGGCCUCAGCACCAGCUCCAGCUCGUCCUGUUCCCCCCUGCCCUCUUCAUCCCGGUUCCGGAGAGCGAGGAGCAGCGCCAGGAGUUUGCCAAAGCUGUGCCGGGGAACGUCCACCCCUUCAUUAUUUACGAGGAAGUCACCGACGUCUGGAUAAACGUAAGGGAGCAGCGUGGGCUGGAAUGACUGGAGGUGGGUGGGAAGGGCCUAUCCCCCCUACCUCUUCCCCCUGCCUUUCGCUGCUGUUUUAGGAAAGUAAAGACUCCUCCCCAACACGUUUAUUGAACACACACACACCACCGACCUGGAUCCCUGCACAGAGAGGUGAGACACUAGGCUUUGCAUGCAGAAGGCCCUAAAUUCAGUGCCCAACAUCUCCAGGUAUGGUGCAGACAAGGCUCCCGUCUGAAGCUGCCAAUCAGUGCGGGCAGUCCUGCGAGAGAUGGGUUUAUGCGCUCCUAACUGCGGUAGCAGCGGUGAAGCAGAGGGGUUUAUUCUCCCAUGGACCUUUUGCAUCCCCCUCCAACAUUUGCAACAGUCUCUUCCAAUCUGGCUGCUCUGGCCUGAAUCAGAAAGGUCCGGAAGAUGCUCUGGCACUCGUCAGCAGGGUCACGCCAGAGUGCUGGGUGGGAAGAUGCUCCUGCAAAAACCUCCUGACAAGUGCCAGAGUGAGAGCCUGGAGCAAAAACCGGGACAAUAGGAGCAGAGAAAAGGGAACAAUUAAAUCAGCCAGUUGCAACAAUGGAGGUGCACUUAUGAAAGCAAAAGUAGGAAAAGCACCUGGAACCGAUGGUUUGACAGCAGCGUAUUAUAAAAAAAUAGAGGAAUUCUUAAUAACACCAAUGAAAUUGGCAAUGAAUAGAAUUUUAAAAUGUGGAAUAAUACCGGCAUUGUGGGAAGAAGCUUUUGUCGUGUUGAUACCGAAACGAGGACAAGACCUGACGCUAAUUAAAAUCUAUAGGCCCAUAUCGCUGCUGAACAGUGAUUACAAAAUAUUCGCUGACAUUCUAGCCAACAGAUUGACACAAUUAUUAAAUGAAACUAUACAUAAAGCUCAAGCUGGCUUUUUGGGAUGCAAACAGAAGUUGGGAUUGGCUUUUGUUAUUCUGGAUAUCCCACUUCAAAUGCGACAGUUGGGGGUACUGUUUUUUCUGCACACAAGGCAUCUGCUCAAGUCAUUGAGUGCAGCUUCCCUUCACUUCUGAGGGCUCCGAAAAUGAUGUCAAGAGGCCUGGGGCCGCAGGAGAGGCAGCGCGGUGUAGUGGUUAGAGUGUUCGACUGCGGCCUGGGAGACCAGGGUUGAAAUCCUCACGUGGCCACGGCUCUCGCUGGGUGCGUGGCCUUGUGGGCCAGCCGCUGUCUCUCUCAGCCUGACCUACCUCACAGGGUUGUUAUGGGGACCAAAUGAAGAGAGGGGAAAACCUUGUGUAACGGAUUUAGGGGUUGCUCGUGCGUAAGUUGCCGCCACUCCUGGCGAGGUUACCUGGUUAAACCCUUUCUGACUGAACAGCCUCCAGCAUCGUGACUGUCUCAGACGCUGGCAGAAUCCGUCAGUGGGCGUUUCUUAAACUUCUUCCAGCACAAAAGUUCCUUGACGCCUAGUCUCCGCCUAGACUCCCUGCGCGGAAGCCUUCUGCGCAGGGAAGGUGUGGGCAGUGGAGGACCCGUACUCUCUCCGCUGGUCUCCGGCGAGGAGUCUUGGAGCCUCCUCUCCGAUUCCCCCCAUCUGCCCCCCUUCUCUACUGGUGUUACGCUGAUUUCCUUCCCCAGCGGACGGGCUCCCUCUCUCCCUACUGGGACCCUCUCCGGCAUCCCUCUGGAGCCUUCUCUCCGCGUCUAGCUCCGAUGGCAGUUCCCUGACACCUUGUUUACCACGUUGAACUCCUUGAAGAAAAUGGUGGGAUAGGAAUGUAAUUAAGAAUAGCAAAAAUGUUUCUAGAGCCUAAACUCCCCACCCCAACAGACCAUUUGGAAAUUGCUAGAGCGGUCUUGGCAGGACUACUUAAUGGUUUUUCUGCCUUCUCUAGCAAUUGCACUGCGCUGUGCUAGAGGCUGUGUGCUGUUCAGUUGCCUUUAUAUUGCUUCCUUUAUUUCUUGCAUACUGUUGUUUUAUAGAAUUCAGAUUGCAGCGUGUCAGGGAACUGCCAUCAGUGCUGGAGGGAGAGGGCAAAAUCCAGAGGGAUUCCAGAGAGCGUCCCGGGAGUGGGAGAGGCAGCCCAUCUUCUGGGGAAGAGAAUCAGCGUAGCACCAGUGGAGAAGGGGGGCAUAUGGGGGAAGCGGCAAGGCGGUCCCAUGAUUCCUUGCCAGGGACCAGCGGGGAGAGUAGAGGUCCUCCGCUGCCCACGCCCUCCUUGCGCAGAAGGGUUUCGCGCAGAGAAAGGAGGAGGAGACUAGGCGUCAAAGAGCUUCUUUGCUGGAAGAAGUUUAAGAAACGCCCACUGACGGAUUCGGCCAGCGAUUGAGACAGCCACGGGUGAGUGGCUGUCCGGACAGGAAAGGUUCACUCAGGCAACCCAGCCAGGUGUUUGCACCGGCUUACGCACGAGCAACCCCUAGAACCAUUACACAGCGCAAUAGAAUACAGUGUCAGAAGUAAGAGAAGCAAUGAAAAACCAGUAUAGUGUGACUUUUUCUUGCAGUGGGUGUACUGUCUCCCAUUUUCAAUGAAGUCAGUAAAUUAAAAUAAAAUAAAUCACAAACCUGCCACAGGCCACGUGAAUGAAGUUCGUGGAGCUUUGGUCUGGCAGCCCCUGGCCUAUAGGCUAGUUUGCCCUGCGAAUGUCUGGAAUCCAUAGGCAUUUGGGAGAGGCUUUGGCGUAGCAUUCGAGACAGUGGCCACCCAGCAGGAGGCUAGUUUGGCCUACCAGAUGAUGGUUUGUGUUAAUGGCUCUGUUCUCUUAGCUAGCUGGGAGCCCAAGUCACCGCCUCUGUUUUUGAAGCGCUUCAAUAAUCAUCCAUUCCUAAUUUUAUUUGCACACUUGUUUUUCCGCCCCAAAAAGAGAGAAUCCUAUUCAAAGCAGUCUGUAGCAGACAAAACACGAAUGCAUCUCAGAAAAUCAGCUGUCUCAGGAACACUUCCAUCAUAAAGCAACAGAAUUUUUUAAAAAUAACAUACAACACACCCCAAACUUUUCAGUACAGUGGUACCUCGGUUUAUGAAAUUAAUCCAUUCUGGAAGUCCAUUCUUAAACCAAAACCGUUCUUAAAACUGAGGCACGCUUUCCCUAAUGAGGCCUCGUGCUGCUGGUGCCCUUCCACUGUUCGGAUUCCAUUCUUUAGACCGAGGUAAAGUUCUCAAACCGGGACACUAUUUCCGGUUUUGUGGAGUUCGUAAACUGAAUCGUUCUUAAACCGGACUGUUCUUAAACCGAGGUAAAGGUAAAGGGACCCCUGACCAUUAGGUCCAGUCGCAGACGACUCUGGGGUUGCGGCGUUCAUCUCGCUUUAUUGGCUGAGGGAGCCGGCAUACAGCUUCCAGGUCAUGUGGCCAGCAUGACGAAGCCGCUUCUGGCGAACCAGAGCAGCGCACGGAAACGCCGUUUACCUUCCUGCCAGAGCGGUACCUAUUUAUCUACUUACACUUUGACGUGCUUUCAAACUGCUAGGUGGGCAGGAGCAGGGACCAAACAACGGGAGUUCACCCCAUCACGGGAAUUCGAACCACCGACCUUCCGAUCGGCAAGCCCUAGGCUCAGUGGUUUAGACCACCGCGCCACCCGCGUCCCAAACCGAGGUACCACUGUACUGUAAAUUUAGCAUCCAACCACGUUACACCUCCUGGCAGUAGCCAAAAUAACAAGGGAGCUUGGCACUUCCACUUUCAUCUGGGAAAGAUGCCUGCCAUGGUGUUGCUUGCGGUCCUUCUCUUGCCAAAACUUGCAAGGCUUUCAAACGUGGAGGGUGGGGCAGCUGGAAAUGCCUCUCCCGUGAUGUUGCUAGCAUACCUCCCCUCUCUUCCGGGCAGGUCCACGACAUCUUUUACCCUUUUGUCCAGCCAGAGGGGGAAGAGGAGGAGCUUUGCUUUAUCCGAGCCAACGAGUGCAAGACAGGCUUCUGCCACCUGUACAAAGUCACAGUCGUCCUCCGGCGGGGCAGCUUUGACUGGAUGCAGCCGUACGUCCCUAGCCAAGGUGAGAUCCCAAGAGCUGCCCACCUGCCUGCAGUGCGAGUCUUCCGGGAAAAAUUUCUCCCACGGUGCGCCUUGACUGUUUUCCCAGGAGCCAAGAGCAGUUGAAGGGGCAAAUCUGGAUAAUAAUAAUAAUAAUAAUAAUAAUAAUAAUUUUUAUAUAUGUCGCACAUCUGGCUGGGUUUCCCAAGUCACUUUGGGCAGUUCCCAACAGAAUAUUAAAAACAAGAUAGAACAUCAAACAUUAAAAAAUUCCCUAAACAGGGCUGCCUUCAGUUGUCUUCUAGAAGUCGGAUAGUUGUUCAUUUCCUUGACAUCUGAAGCAGAAACAAACAAGGAAAUAAGGAAGUGAGCAAACUCCAGGCUGAAUCUGUGGUUGUUUGCAGCAAGGUUUGGGCAUAAUUCUUUACGUGCGGAUAAGUGAAUUUCUGCAUAGUGAGCAGGCAGGCAGCAGGACAUGCGUGUAUUUUAGCUCCCCCACGGCGUUAUCUAUGUGCACAUAGUAUUGCUUUCAUUUUUACUUAACAAGUAGGUUAAAUAAAGCAUUCUGCAUUGGACAGACACGCUCUCUUGUCUCUUUUUCGCCCCAGAGGACUUCAAAUGCCCUCUCAGGAAGGAGGUGGCGCUCACCAGCGGUGAAUGGGAGGUCCUGGCCAGGCACGGAUACAAGGUACAAGGAGCCCCCUUGGAUUCGGCAGCACAGAAUUGAAACCUCGAAAUCCGCAGCCUGCCUCGCGUUUUGAUUUCCAUCUUCGCCCUCAAAAUAAAGGGGUGGCAAAGGAGUCGCCAGGCGAGUCUCUCUCUCUGGUGAUGGCCUCCCCGGGAGCAGGGCAACCACACGCAGCUGUCGGCCUCUGCAUACACCAGUGGCCAAAAAUGUGGAAACCUUUUGGGAAAAGUAUUUCCGAGGUUUGGUGGCUCAUAACACCACCUUUUUUUCUGGAGUAAUACCAUAAAAUUAUAUAUCGAUCGAAAGAUAAUUUAAUGAAGAAUGUAAUGCAACGAAGUUUAUUCAAUUAUCUGUAUUCUAUCGAAAGUUAUAGCCAAAUAACCAGAAAAAAUGAGUUUAUUGAGCCAAUCAGGUGUCAUUUUGUUUUGGCAAUGAUGGCUCAUAACACCACUUUUUUGGAGUAAUACCAUAAAAUUAUAUAUCAAUGGAAAGAUAAUUUAAUGAAGAAUGUAAUGCAAUAACUUUUAUGAAGGAUAAUUGAACAAACUUUUGAAAUUUUGGAAUGGCCCAGUCAGAGCGGUCCUAGGCCAGGAGUUGAUUUUAUAGGACAUCGCAUCUUUAGAAGUGGGUUUUCCUGCCCUGCUCCCCAAAGCAGAACAACAGAGCACUGGGAAAGUGUUCACCCCACGCCUUUGUCUAGGGCAAGUGGACCGUAAUAUGGAACCCCCAGGCUGCUGCACUCCCUUGUCGCGUGGGGGUGGAGCAAGGCCAAAAUUUGAGGAUUCCUUUCCAAAGCCAGCUUGGUGAGGCGCCAGGCUUUGGGAAGGAGGUGUGAGGCUCUAAGGGGGUCCAAGUGCCCUCCCACCCCCUCCCCAAAGCUGGGAAUUAGCCUUUGGGAAGAAGGUUAGAAGAUUCUAGGACCCGAGGGCACUCAGACAUCCUUUUUUCCGACUGGUCUUAGGAGUUCCUAAGAGUGUUCUCCUAUUUGGCUAUAUAUGCCGAGCUAGGUCAGCACCUCUUAGAAUCUAGGAGUUGGAUCAUGAUACUUAAACACAGUGGUACCUCGGAAGUCGAACGGAAUCCAUUCCGGAAGUCCGUUCGACUUCCAAAAUGUUUGGAAACCAAAGCUCGAACAAUGGAGGUGGAGACGCACCUUCAGAUAUACUGGACCGUGGCCAUUUAGGGCUUUAAAUUUGUUUAAAUUAUGCCAAUAAAGGCUGAAUGAGUGAAUGAGUGAUCCUAUGCAUAACAGGAAGUAGUGCGGUGUAGUGGUUAGAGGGUUGGACUAAGACCUGAGAGAGAAGUCCCCAUUUAGCUGUGAAACUCACUGGGUGACCUUGGGCUGGCUGCUCACUCUCAGCCCAAACCACCUCACAGGUUUGUUGUGUGGAUAACCUGGGAGAACUGUCGUGAGCUCCACCUUGACCUCCUUGGAAGAAGCGGGGGGCGAGGGGAAUAUAAAUUAAAAACAAACCAACUGGCAAGUUGUAUCCAGACCUUAAAGCAAUUUUCCAUUGUAGUUUCUCCCUCUCUCCCCCCCUACAGAUUUGGGUGAAUGAAGAAACCAAGCUUGUCUACUUCCAGGGCACGAAGGACACCCCUCUGGAGCACCACCUCUACGUGGUCAGCUACGAGUCCCCCGGGGAGGUCGUGCGACUCACCACCCUAGGCUUCUCCCACAGCUGUUCCAUGAGCCAGGUCUGUCCCUCUGGGUCGCAGAAUUCCCCUGUGUGUGGUUGGUUUCCCUUUUUUUAAAAGGAGGCCAAUCUCUUAUUAAGGAGGAGGCAAGUAUGAGGGCAGUGGGGUCCAUAAUUCUCCUCGCCAAGAUGACGACAACAACAAUAAUAAUAAUUUGUUGGGUAAAACUGUGGGGCUGGUUGGAGUGUCUCCCGACCCACCUUGCCGCUCUUCCUUGCCUCCCUGCAGAAUUUCGACAUGUUCAUUAGUCACUACAGCAGUGUCAGCACCCCUCCCUGCGUCCACGUUUACAAGCUUAGCGGCCAAGAGGAAGACCCCCUCCACAAGCAGCCGAAAUUCUGGGCCAGCAUGAUGGAAGCAGCCAGUGAGUAGAUUUCUCUUGGCUUCCCAUCAAGGGAGUUCGAGCCUGCUUUCGAUUUUAUCUGUUGCAGUUGCACUGAUGGCUUUUUCUGCAUCGUUCCACGUUUUUCGUUGGGCUUCGUUGUUGGAACUAUAAAUCUUAAAAGUGGAAAAAAGACCAGCAAACCUGUCGAAAAGCCCAGGGUAUUGAUGAUAUCACAUUUUGCAGAAUCUACGGUUGUCGACCGUAAUCUGUUCAACUUCCGAAAUGUUCGACAACCGAGGCUCAAUUGUCGGUUGGCAAUCUCAAUGGAGAAACAUGCCGAGGAAGCCAGUCGACUUCCGAGGCACGUUUGAAAACGGAAGCAUUCAGGUUCUGGAUCGUUUGGCUUCUGAGGCGCUCGAAAACCGAGGUUCCACUGUAUAGCCUUUUAUUGAAAAGUAUGUAUGUAUAAUUGUGCGUAUACAUCGGGGUCGGCAACCUAAGGCCCGUGGGCCACAAGCGGCCCAUGGGGGUCGUUUAACCGGCCCAUGGACCCCCGCCUGCCGUUUGGUCAGCUCCCGUGCGCAGCGCUAAACCGGGGACCGCCUUCCGCAACGCUGGCCAGCUUCCCAUUGGCUGCAGGAAGCUCUUGCAGCCAAUGGGAAGCUGUGCACGCCUCCUCCACACCAGAAGGAGCGCCGGAAAUAGCGUUUGCGUAUGUGCACACACUCCAGCCCACCACGGCGUCUGCGGGACCGUGAACCAGCCCAAGCCACAAAAACUUUGCUGACCCCUGGCAUACAUGGAGUAUCUCUGGUGGGGGACAUGUCCUGCUCCUUCUGGGGCAGUUUGCUCAACUUUGGUCCCUACCCUGCACUCAGCUCUCACCUGUGGCUCCUGGAAGCUAUAAGCAGGCGACAGCGGCCACAAUCCUGGAAUGGCUUUGACUGGCCGACUGAACCAGGCGAGGGGAGCUGAUGGGUCUCAAACCCUCACUGAGUUAGGGACUUCUGUGUGCGAAGAUAGGCUCCAGCGGAUGGAGUGGAUGAAACCAAGAGUGGUCCAGUGCUCAAGAAGGCAGUUUCUGCCUGUGCCGUAGAAGGAAGUGAGGGGCAGGUGGGGCUUGUGGGAAGGGAGCCCAUCUAGGAGAAGGAAAACUCUGAUCCUAAACCUCCGCUGCACUUGCCUCUGUACUCAUUUGUGAGCAAGGCUUUGGGAGUAAAUCUGGAGGGAAAAUCUACCCGCUGCCUCGCAGGAUAUCUUUGGGAGAAGAAAAGGCCAAAGAGGAAACCCUGCACAAAUCUGGGCGGCGCCUUGUACGCCUCCUUUUUGGCAACUCUUGCAGCCAAGCUGGUGCCGAAACAUUUCGCUCUGCUUUCCUUUGGACCACUUCAGCAAGGCUGGGGUGGUGGUUCUUGUCGUCUGGGCAGUCCAGGACCUCCAGACACACUGCCCAGGCUUGUGGCCCAGGGUGCUUCUCACACAGCGGUUUGACUUCACUCCCAGAGGCGCACUCCAUUGUCUCACAGCGAAGCUGUGUUAAGUUUUUCUUGGACAUGGCAUGGAGUCAGAGCUUGUCCCAAAGCUGGAGCCCUCCCAAGCCUGCCCUUCCCAUUUCACUUUUGAGUGGCCUUUUCUGUGAAAUAAAAGGUAAAGGGACCCUUGACCAUUAGGUCCAGUCGUGGCCGACUCUGGGGUUGCGGCGCUCAUCUCGCUUUAUUGGCCGAGGGAGCCGGCGUACAGCUUCCGGGUCAUGUGGCCAGCAUGACUAAGCCGCUUCUGGCGAACCAGAGCAGUGCACGGAAACGCCGUUUACCUUCCCGCUGGAGCGGUACCUAUUUAUCUACUUGCACUUUAACGUGCUUUCGAGCUGCUAGGUUGGCAGGAGCAGAGACCAAGCAACGGGAGCUCACCCCGUCGCAGGGAUUCGAACAGCUGACCUUCUGAUCGGCAAGUCCUAGGCUCUGUGGUUUAACCCACAGCGCCACCCGCGUCCCUUUUCUGUGUAAUAGAGAGAACAAUUGCCACCACUGUGGCUUGGAGACCCAGUAGAAUCACUCUCAUGGGGUACCCUGGGUGGUUUGCAUUUUCUCCACUGCAGAACACAGAAUUUGAUUUUUCUGUUAUUAGUAUUGUCAUUACUUUUUUUUUUAAUGCAUUUAUGCAAUCAAAUGGGUGUGUGGCAAGAUUCCAUGAACAAGUGCAUCGCCCAUAUCUUGGGUGACUCUUCUCUCCCCUUGGCUUUUCUGCAGGCUGCCCCACUGAUUACAUCCCCCCGGAGAUCUUCCACUUCCGCACACAGUCGGACGUCGAGUUGUAUGGGAUGGUGUACAAACCUCACGACCUCCAGCCUGGGAAGAAGCAUCCCACUGUGCUUUUUGUCUACGGAGGGCCUCAGGUAGGCUGGCUGCUGAGCUGGAGCCAAAGAGCACAGAUGGGGCGGCAUCAGAAGCGAUAGAACGCAGUGCUGUCCACACCGGCUAGCAGCUGUCCUCCAAGGUUUCAAACUGGCUUUUCUCUCCCAGGGAUUGAAUCUGGGACCUUCUGCUUGCAUAGCAGCAGAUAGAUGCUCUAUAUUCGCUGAGCUACCGCUCCCCCAAAGUCAGAAAGCGUGUUUUGUGUUGCAAGGUGGCAUUUUUCAACACAGAGCAAAGUGAGGCUUAGAAGGGCUUGGGGAUUGAGCACUGUUUGCACACAGAGCUUCGCCGCCGAUUAUGCUCACACUUACUUCAGAGACGCUGGUCAAUUCUGGCUCUCAGAAUAUGCUUUUUUCCAGCCCAAGGUGCCCAGAGUGGCAUACAACUAGAGAUAGGAAGGUCUGGAAAAAACCCAGGGGGGGAAGGGACAGGUUUUUUUCUGUUUCUUUCCAAAGUUGUCCCCCCCCCCCCCGGAAAAUUGAAUGUUCCACGCACACUUUUUUUUUACAAUUGCCUUGGGGGAAAACUGCUUUGCAAGAAAAUUUUCCGUUUUUCCCCCAGGCCUUCCCAUCUCUACGUACAACCCAUUUAAAAGCAGAAUGCCCAUCUUUAUAAAGCGCCUAAAGUUUCCCAAGGGGACGCGAGUGGCGCUGUGGGUUAAACCACAGAGCCUAGGACUUGCCAAUCGGCGGUUCGAAUCCCCGCGACGGGGUGAGCUCCUGUUGCUCUGUCCCUGCUCCUGCCAACCUAGCAGUUCGAAAGCACGUCAAAGUGCAAGUAGAUAAAUAGGCGGUAAGGUAAACAGUGGUUCCGUGCACUGCUCUGGUUCACUAGAAGCAGCUUAGUUAUGCUGGCCACAUGACCCGGAAGCUGUACGCCGGCUCCCUCGGCCAAUAAAGCAAGAUGAGCGCUGCAACCCCAGAGUCGGUCACAACUGGACCUAAUGGACAGGGGUCCCUUUACCUUUACCUCACAGUUUCCCAAGCGCUGCGUGCAGAUUGAAAACAUAGCAGUCUCUGCUGGCAGGCUUGCAGUCUUAAGAGACAUGAGACAAAAGGAAAAGGGGGAGAAGAGGGAGAAGGAAAGCAAGCAACAGCGGUACCUUGGAGUGACAAAGUUCUCGCUCGAAUGCAGACAUUUUCAAGAGAAGAGAGGCUAAAUGAUGGUCUUUUAGCUAGGACGGUGGAGCUGUCUCAUCUCUCUGUGUGUGCUGCAGGUGGGUGGAACAUCUGCUGGCAGAUGCGGGAGAGGGGGAGUCAAGGCAAUGGAUUAAAACAACCCAUAAGCACAAUAAAGAAUACUGAACACAGUAGGCAGAUAAAGUAGCCAAUACCUCCAGCCACCAGAGAGUAAAAUCGGGUCUCCAGUAGCAAGCUCGCACUUUCCAUUGGCCAGGGACCUUCCCAGGACGAGGAGGUCUUCAGCUUAGCACGGAAUACUAUCUGGGAGGACCUCAGUGGAUUUCCUCAAUCGAGGGACUUCAUGGAGGAACGUGGCGCUUCCUAGCCGUGGUCAUAGCAUCAUAGAAUUGUAGUGUUGGGAGGGACCCUGAGGACCAUCAAGUCCAGGGGUCAGCAAACCUUUUCACCAGGGGGCCGGUCCACCGCCCCUCAGACCUUGUGGGGGGCUGGACUAUAUGGGGGGGGGGGGGGAAAUGAACAAAUUCCUAUGCUCCACAAAUAACCCAGGGAUGCAUUUUAAAUAAAAGCACACAUUCUACUCGUAAAAAUACCAGGCAGGCCCCACAAAUAACCAGAGAUGCAUUUUAAAUAAAAUAACACAUUCUACUCAUGUAAAAACACCCUGAUUCCCGGACCAUCCGCAGGCCGGAUUUAGAAGGUGAUUGGGCCGGAUCUGGCCCCCGGGCCUUAGUUUUCCUACCCAUGGUCUAGUCCAGCGGUUCUCUACUUGUGGGUCCCCAGAUGUUGUUGGACUACAACUCCCAUCAUCCCUGACCACUGGUCAUGCUGUCUAGGAAUGAUGGGAGUUGUAGUCCAACAACAUCUGGGGACCCACAGGUUGAGAAACACUGAUCUAGUACAUGGAUAGGCAAACUAAGGGCCGGCUCUGGCCCAAUUGCUUUCUAAAUCUGGCCCGCAGACGGUCUUGGGAAUCAGCGUGUUUUUACAUGAGUAGAAUGUGUGCUUUUAUUUAAAAUGCAUCUCUGGGUUAUUUGUAGGGCAUAGGAAUUCGUUUAUCUCCCCCCCCCCCCCAAUAUAGUCUGGCUCCCCACAAGGUCUGAGGGUCAGUGGACUGGCCUCCUGCUGAAAAAGUUUGCUGACCCCUGGUAGUCUUAACCUCCUGCAGUGCAGUUGUUCCAUACAGGGAUCAAACCUGCAACCUUGGCGUUGUCAGAACCAUGCUCUAACCAACUGAGCUAUCCAGCUAUCCCUUGGGGACCAGUAGCUGGGAACGCUUAAGUGGGGAUGGCGUUGUGGCUUUAUGUGACCUGCUUGGGGCCAUCUAGCUGUGGCUACUGCAUCAACCACAAUGACCCGACGAGACAGCCCUUUAACCAGAUCAAGGCUCUCAGUGAUGCAUUGUGGGCAGGGUAGGUUCUCAUGGGUGGAAGGAAAAGCGGGGCGGCACUCCUGGCACUCACAAAGGCAGCCGUGGAAUGAUGAGCGUGAGUCGUGUGCAGAGGUCUUUUUGUUGGCAAACUAGCCGCAUCUGGAGAGGCUGGCUCCUCUCCCGGAGCUGGUUACCGGUGACCUCCCUGGCUGCAAUCCCCGCAAUAGUGCCACUGUAUUCUGCUCUGGUCAGACCUCACCUGGAGUACUGUGUCCAGUUCUAGGCACCACAGUUCAAGAAGGACACUGACAAACUGGAACGUGUCCAGAGGAGGGCAACCAAAAUGGUCAAAGGCCUGGAAACGAUGCCUUAUGAGGAACGGCUAAGGGAGCUGGGCAUGUUUAGCCUGGAGAAGAGGAGGUUAAGGGGUGAUAUGAUAGCCAUGUUCAAAUAUAGAAAAGGAUGUCACCUAGAGGAGGGAGAAAGGUUGUUUUCUACUGCUCCAGAGAAGCGGACACGGAGCAAUGGAUCCAAACUACAAGAAAGAAGAUUCCACCUAAACAUUAGGAAGAACUUCCUGACAGUAAGAGCUGUUUGACAGUGGAAUUUGCUGCCAAGGAGUGUGGUGGAGUCUCCUUCUUUGGAGGACUUUAAGCAGAGGCUUGACAACCAUAUGUCAGGAGUGCUCUGAUGGUGUUUCCUGCUUGGCAGGGGGUUGGACUCGAUGGCCCUUGUGGUCUCUUCCAACUCUAUGAUUCUAUGAUUCUAUGAUUCUAAGUCCAGGAUAGGUCUCAAUAGGCGACAUCUCCCAGCGUGGGAAAAUGCACACCCCCUCCCUCCUUGCUUCCCAGCAGGGAAAGGAGAUAGCCAGAAAUCUAUUUACAGAUCUUUAUUUCUGACUUUGCAGCACUACAGAAAACGUGUCCGAUCACUUCAGUUUCCAUCCAGCAAGUGACAAAGGCUUCCUGUACAUACGCAAGAGGAAGGUCUCAAAUUACACACAGGACACAGACUCACAAAGCCUGUGAACUUCCGGGAAUUUACUUCCCCACAGCUAGCCCUAUCACAUGAUGUCAACAAGCUGACUGUCUGCAGCUGCGAUGUUCUCAUAUUGUAACAGUUUUCCCCACCCUUUUCCUAACUUUCCCCACCUCCCAGGUCCAGCUAGUGAAUAACUCCUUCAAAGGCAUCAAGUAUCUAAGGCUCAACACGCUCGCUUCUCUCGGCUAUGCCGUGGUGGUGAUAGACGGCCGGGGGUCAUGCCAGAGAGGCCUUAAAUUUGAGGGGGCCCUGAAGAACCAGAUGGUAAGUCCUCGGUUUGCCUUGUACGCAAGAAAACCAUUACGAAUCAAUAAGCUUUGGGGUGACACACCGCUUCACAUACCUAAAAAUUAAUAGGGAUUACUGAAAACACUGUUGGAUAUGCCAAAAGGAGGCAGGAAUUAUUAUUUUUUUGUCUACAGUGGCACCUCGGGUUAAGUACCGUAUUUUUCGCUCCAUAAGACGCACCGGACCACAAGAGGCAUCUAGUUUUUGGAGGAGGAAAACGAGGGGGGGGAAAUUCUGAAUCCCAGAAGCCAGAACAGCAAGAGGGAUCACUGCGCAGUGAAAGCAGCAAUCCCUCUUGCUGUUCUGGCUUCUGGGAUAGCUGUGCAGCCUGCAUUCGCUCCAUAAGACGCACACACAUUUCCCCUUACUUUUUAGGAGGGAAAAAGCGAGUCUGAUAGAGCAAAAAAUACGGUACUUAAUUCGUUCCGGAGGUCCGUUCUUAACCUGAAACUGUUCUUAACCUGAAGCACCACUUUAGCUAAUGGGGCCUCCUGAUGCCGCCGCGCCGCCGGAGCACGAUUUCUGUUCUCAUCCUGAAGCAAAGUUCUUAACCUGAAGCACUAUUUCUGGGUUAGCGGAGUCUGUAACCUGAAGCGUAUGUAAACUGAAGCGUACAUAACCUGAGGUACCACUGUAUAUGUAUAGUGGAGGUGUGUGAUCUAGCAGAAGCUAGGAAAUAGGAAAAAAAUAAUUGAUGCAGUGAAAGUCCAUUGUUGUGUUUCUGCAUAGGAAAGGCCGCUCACCACAAAUCAUUAAUUUCAUAUAUGUUAAUAAUGGUGACGUGUAAAGGCAAAAUUCUGUGCUUGUGGCCGCUAUGUGAAAGACGUGAUUCACUUCCUGUCAAUCUGCCCUUUAUACGGUGAGAGAGAUUUCUAACGAGCCUUGUUGACUUAUGGAAGCAGGAAUGCCCUGGUAGAAAUGGUUCAUUUUCUUCUGAGCGACACUAAUGGCCUUUGUGGCACAUAAAGUGGCCCUCUUUGCACUUGCCGUGAAAACGAUUAGUGAAGGGAGAGUUAGAAAAAUACUGCUGCGAAUUGUUUUGGCAACUCAGAGGUUUAAUUAGAAGUCAGAUUUUUCCCCCCUUCCUGGUUCUUCUGUCAGUGCUUCCCAAACUUUUUCAAGCCCUUGCCCCCUUGGAUCCAUAAACUCAUCCCCUAUGCCCCCUACCCUAUAAAAAAAGCAUUAUUCAGAACUGCGGUUUGUAGAACCCAUGAAGGAAGAUAAUAACACUCAAAACAGUAACAAUUUAUUGCAUGUUUAUUCAGCAUCCAAUUAGAAGCCUUUAGUUUAAUUCAGCAAAACCGAAGAACCUGAUUCAGGGAUGCCAGCUUUUCAAAGUCUGAGGGUCAUUAAUACCUCUUGUGCCUCCUUGCCCCCCUUGCUCCCCCCCAGUAAUGCCAAUGCCCCCCCACUUUUGAACCACUGCUUUAUGUUAUUGAUGUUACAUUAUAAUGUACCUAAAUCAGUGGUGUCCAAACUUUUUUCAAAGAGGGCCAGAUUUGAUGAAGUGAAGGGCUGUGAGGGUUGAAGUCACUGAGUUUUUUCAGGGUUGAAGUUGUUGAGGUGUUUUUUUUAGGAUUUUACCCCAGGAAAUAAACUGCCAUAGGGGACGGAUUAGGCCCCUAAAAUGGGACAUGUCUGACCUAAAUGCAAUGAAUGAAUGAAUGAAUUUACAGAGCAUGACUGGAGUGCGUAAAUGAGCCAGCUAUCCCCAAAUGAGCAGGUAGCUCUCAUGUCCCUCCUUUGCCCACAACUGUCAACCGUCCCUUAUUUGGUGGGAAAGUCCCUUAUCCCAGCCCUGUGUCCCGCUGCUGUCCCUUAUUGAUGAUGUCCCGUAAAUUUCCCAGGUUUCAAAGGAAGCAGCUCCUCUCCCUCCCUCCCUGCCGGCCAGGGAGGAGGGAGGCUCCAACUGUGUUGCUUGGCUGCGUUGCUCAUCCAAUAAGGAGUUGAAGAACGACUGGGGGAGGGUGGAGCUUGCAUGCCUUGUGCCGCUCAAAUCGUCCGCGUUGCCUGGGGACCCGCCUUUGCUCAGCGCUUCCCAGAGGAGAGGUGACGGUGGUUUCCCUUGCUGCAUCCCCUUUGCCGGGUUGCUGCGCUGUGGGAACCACCGCUUGAGGCUUCGUUUGGCUGCUGGCUGGGCUUUCUGCCUUUGGCUCGGAGGGGCUCAGAAGUUGAACAUACCUGUGCCCAGUAAAUCCCUUAUUUUGGCUGCUGAUCCCUUAUUUCCGAGGCUGCUGGUGCCUUAUUUUCAAAUCUGUAAGUUGACAGCUAUGCCUUUGCCACCCGCUUCCAGGGCCAGGUGGAGAUCGAGGACCAGGUGGAAGGUUUGCAUUACGUAGCGGAGAAAUACGGGUUCGUCGACCUCAGCCGCGUCGCCAUCCACGGCUGGUCUUACGGGGGCUUCCUCUCCCUCAUGGGACUCAUCUGCAAACCUCACAUCUUCAAGGCAAGUUUGGAGUUUGUUGCCGUCUGUCCCAGGGCGGGUGGGGUGGGCAGCCGAUACGUUGCACUCCAGAGACGGUUGCGCUACAACUCCCCGCCGUCCCUGCUAGCCUCUAGGUAGCGUGUGGGGAAGCCUGUGUCUUUUGGAAUCCCUGCUCUCAUCAGGGAGGAUGGGAGCAUCAACAUCUGGAGAGCCAGGGGUUCCCUCUCUGUGCUGAAGGUAGAGUGAAGACUCGGACCCAAAUGAUCUGCUCCCAGCUCUGCAGGGGAGUAGAUCUCACUGUAUGGUCAACUCCUUUUGCCCGGCGCCACCCUGAGUUUUUAAAAAUAAAGAAGCCAACCUUGUGUGAUUCCACGAGAUCACAGAAAGCCUGCCAACAAAAAAAGCAACAGCCCAGGAGUCUGCACAGGACUUGUCUUCUUGUGAAAUAAAGCUGUAUGUAUGCAGAGAUACGCUCUCCCCAUGGAGACUCGCUUGGUGCCUUCAUUACAAAUCUUUAGGCACUUGGUGGUCCUGUAAAAUAAUUAAGGAAUAUUGGGAAACUAUAUAUAAUGAGUUGAAGAAGAUGUUUUAAAAAGCUUUCCCCAAAUCACCUGAGAUUUUCCUCUUGGGGAUGGUAACCUUUAAAGCCCUAUACGGCCUAGGACCCUCGUACCUACGGGACCGCCUCUCCUGGUGUGUCCCACAGAGGAACUUACGGUCUUCAAACAAAAACAUCCUGAAGGUCCCAGGCCACAGAGAGGUUAGGCUGGCCUCAACUAGAGCCAGGGCUUUUUCGGCUGUGGCUCCAAUUGGUGGAACGCUCUGUUACAAGAGACUAGGGCCCUGCGGGACCUGACAUCUUUCCGCAGGGUCUGCAAGACAGAGCUGUUCCGCCAAGCCUUUGGCCAGGGCACAGCCUGACUCCCUCCUAUGGCAAUCUUCACAGAACUUUAGCCUAAUGGUUGCCAUCAAUUUGAUUUGAAUUAAUUUUAUAAUGAAAUGAUUUUAGAAAGUUGUACUAUUUUAUUGUUAGAUGCCCUGAGCCCGGCUUUGGCUGGGGAGGGCGGGAUAUAAAUAAAAUUUAUUAUUAUUAACAAUAGAGGUCCCAAAAAAACCAGAAGUUGACUACUAUAUGCCUGCGCUGCAGUCACAAAGGAAGAUUAAAAUGUUUGAAUAUGCUGAACUGGCUGGUCUGACGGACAGAAUAAGAGAAAACGAAAAUAAGGAAUAUAAGGAGGAAUGUAUAGCGUCUAUUGACUAUUUCAAGAACCGGUAUAGACAGAUGCAUCGCUUAGCAGGUCUUGUGCAAAUCCAGCAGAGUUGAAGUAGAGUUUUUAAUAGAUAACAAAUUGGAUGAUUAAAAAGAUGUGGAUUACGCGGAGUAGUAGCAAAGCUAAGGAACCAGGAAAAGGGUGGAAGGGAAGUCAUGUGGUACGUAUAUACAUGCUGUAUUUGGUAUGAAGUUGUAAGAGCGGAAGGGGGGAGGGUUAAAUUUGCAAUCUGUUCCUGUUUUUGAAAAUGCAAAUAAAAAAUUUAAAAAGCAAACAAAUUGUUAGGCACCAGCUGAAAACAUUUCCCCCAGGACUUUGGCUGGUUCAGUGAUCUGUGGCCUUUUAAACAGGGCUGCUGGUGGUGGUAUAGAUUCGUUUUGUUAUGGCGUUACGUAUUCUGUGAUUUCGUAAUAUAAACCAUCCUAUGAUUCUCGGAUCUUUAUAUAAAAUCAAUAAAUUGUGCAAGUUGCGGAAUGAAUUUUGCAGGUUGCAGAAUCUGGCUUCCUCAGGCAACUUAAUGCGGGGGGGGGGGGCGUGGAUUUCCUGUCAGCCCUGAGCAUAACGACAGCCUUCAAUAUCCCUCCAGGUUGCUAUCGCAGGGGCCCCCGUCACGGUCUGGAUGGCGUACGAUACUGGAUACACCGAACGGUACAUGGAUGUCCCAGAGAACAACCAACAAGGCUACGAAGCAGGCUCUGUGGCACUGCAUGUAGAGAAACUCCCCAAUGAGUAAGGGUUAUAAGAAUAAGAAUAAGAAUAAUUUAUUAUUUAUACCCCACCCAUCUGGCUGGGCUUCCCCAGCCACUCUGGGCAGCUUCCAACAGAAUAUUAAAAUACAGUAAUACAUCAAACAUUAAAAGCUUCCCUAAACAGCCUUCAGAUGUCUUCUAAAAGUCAGAUAGUUGUUUAUUUCCUUGACAUCUGAUGGGAGGGCGUCCCACAGAGUGGGUGCCACCACCGAAAAGGCCCUCUGCCUGGUUCCCUGUAACUUGGCUUCUCACAGUGAGGGAACAGCCAGAAGGCCCUCAGAGCUGGACCUCAGUGUCUGGGCUGAAUGAUGGGGGUGGAGACGCUCCUUCAGGUAUACUGGGCUAAGGCUAUUUAGGGCUCUCAAGGUCAGCACCAACACUUUGAAUUGUGCUCGGAAAUGUCCUGGGAGCCAGUGUAGGUCUUUCAAGGCCGGUGUUAUGUGGUCUCUGUGGCCGCUCCCAGUCACCAGUCUAGCUGCCACAUUCUGGAUUAGUUGUAUUGGAUUAGUUGGGUUGUGGGGCAGCGGUGCUGGUGGGCGGCGGGGGCAGAGCAGGGUGUGUUGUCCCAGCAGCCUGGUCCCAGCUGGCACAGACCCCGGCUGAGAGGGGAAGCAGCAGUCGGCCGUGCGGUUUCGUGUGUUCUGGAGGGAUCAGAGGGAUGUCCCCAAGGUCGGCGAGGCAUCUUAGGGGGCCUUAAAUGCACUAUGCGAGUACUAGAGAAAUACAUGCUCUCUCGACAUUCCUCAGGUGGAAAUAGGGGCGUUAUAUUCUACAUCAGUAAUAGAGCAGAGUAGGGGUGUCCAGCAGGUCGAUCGGGAGGUGGGCUCCUUUUCCUUUGCUGUGGCAUAAGAGCAUCUGGCCCUGGCCCCUUGAGCCGUCCUCCAUCUCAGCAUAAUCGCUGGAACAGAAGACGGAGUUUUCAGUGUGAGGCAGAUUGUUUUCUUAGUGAUCUUUUGGUGAGCGACUUUUCUGCUUUACUCCAUUUUCCUCCCCCUAGACAACUUUGAGUUGAACUCUCCCCCCAAAACGGGACUUCCCUCCCUAAAAAAAGCUCAACCACUUUGACUUUGACUUGAAACCCCCCGUUUUGUAUUAUGUGAGUAGAUUGCAGUCUCUUGGGAGUUGGAUGCCCCUGUAGUAAAGUUAAAGGGACCCCUGGCCAUUAGGUCUAGUCGUGGCCGACUCUGGGGUUGCGGCGCUCAUCUCGCUUCACUGGCCGAGGGAGCCGGCGUACAGCUUCCGGGUCAUGUGGCUGGCAGGACUAAGCCGCUUCUGGCGAACCAGAGCAGCGCAUGGAAACGCCGUUUAUCUUCCCGCCAGAGUGGUACCUAUUUAUCUACUUGCACUUUGACGUGCUUUCAAACUGCUAGGUUGGCAGGAGCAGGGACUGAGCAACGGGAGCUCACCCCGUCAUGGGGAUUCGAACCGCCAACCUUCUGAUCGGCAAGCCCUAGGCUCUGUGGUUUAACCCACAGCGCCACCCGCGUCCCUGUGGUAGAGUGUAUCUAUUUUCAUCUGAGGAAUAUUGGACUGUAUGGAAAAGAAUUCCAGACUUUCUUCUUCUGGCCUGCCACGUCAACCGCUUGUCUGGGGAAUUUUGGGAAAGCUGGAGAGUUUGGGGAUUGAUUUUUAUUUUUUAAUAGCGGUGGGUGGGGUGAGGUGGAUUGUCUGAAGUGGGGCAAGGGUUCAAAAAAAGCACGGCAUGAUUUUUGCCUGCUGGUCACUUUGUGUCCAUUGCCCUGGUCAUUGAACGCCCAAGUGGUCCAAACUCCUCUCUGCCGUGAACAGCCACAAACACUGGUGCCCAGCUUGCCUCUCACGUUUGGUACUUUCCUUGCCUUCCUUCUAGGCCCAAUCGCCUGCUGAUCCUCCAUGGAUUUCUGGAUGAAAACGUGCACUUUUUCCACACCAAUUUCCUGAUCUCCCAGCUGAUCCGAGCUGGGAAACCUUAUCAACUACAGGUGGGUCGAGCUAGCUGUAGCCCUAUUAGACUUUACCGACUGGUGGGGUCUGCGUUGCUCCCGGGAGGGAGGAAGGAAGUCACAUGACACCGAGGUUGGUUCAGAGAAAGAGUUUAUUCUGCUCUCCGGAUAGCAGAAGGAACUUGCGUGGUCAGUCCACAGCAAGUCCAAAGAAAUGAGAAAUUUCAUGCAGUAUAUAUAUCCUCCAGGCACCCUCGCCCCCCUUCCCCAGGAAUCCAACCACGUCAGCUUAUACACGCAGGUUGACAUCACAGAUGUUCCUGCUCCGUUACUCUUAACCAUAAAAGAGUGUUCCUCUUCCUGUACUCUUGACCAUAAAAGGGUGUUCCUGUUCCUAUACUCUUAUCUUGGAGCAAGAGUCACCAACUCCAGGCGCUGUUCCCAGGUGGCUGACAAGGUCUGUGCCUCAGUGUAAGAUAAGACCCAGAUGCAUCAUCCCUGCUCCACUUUGGAACGGACAAGGCCAUUCAUUAGGUGUCACGGACUGAUAAAGGAGAGAGCUUUGAGCACUUGUUUAUACAGCUGGGUUUUGGCUCAAGAGCUCAAGUUAAAGCAUUUUAGAAAUGCUCCCUUGGAGAAGGAAUUUGGGGCCUGUUUCAGACCGACUGCCCAGUAAGGUUUUAGGUUUUGGAAACCCAUUCCUUCAUUUCCAGGUUGCACAGAAUUUCCUCUUUGAGGAACAAUUCCUGCAUUGCAACCCUACAAUGCUGUGAUUAUAUGUGCUUUUUCCACGAGGCCCGGUGAAUGUGUGCAACUCACAAUGACCACUCAACCUACAUUUUGCCUAAUGAGGUCUGGAAGCUUCUCAUCUCUUCCUGUCCCCCCCCCUUUCUUGUGUGCAGAUCUACCCCAACGAGCGACACAGUAUUCGCUGCCCUGAGUCUGGGGAGCACUACGAAAUCACGCUGCUGCACUUUCUUCAAGAAUACCUCUGAGGACAGGGCUGGGGGAGGGGGAACGGCACGGUGUGGGGCGUGGACAGGGGCUGCUGUCUCCCUGCCCACCCGCAACUCGACGUAGACGCUGAAGACUCGCUCCUCCUCUGGCCUCCUUUUUUUGCCCCAACCUCUCCCCCCACCCUCCAGCAGCCUCCCGAUACCCUGAGCACUGGUCCGUGUUGCCCUCCCUGAGCCCUGAAUUCACGAGGGGCCCUGAGACCCCUCACCCCCUGCCCAACUGGAUUGGCACUGCUCUGCCUUGUCCCUCCAGCUUCUCUUUUAAAGUUUUCCUUCUCUCUCUCUCUCUCUCUCCUCCCCAGGACCCCUUCUCUGUUUUGCUGCUACUUUUUGGGCCGGGAAUAAAAGUCAAGCGCUCCCCUGCCCUCGUGUCCCACCCCCUACAUCUCCAGUACUGUCUUGUGUCCCUCUUAAACUCCCCCCCUCCUCUCCUUUCCUUUCCUCUCCCCACUGAGUCCUGCGAGAGAGCUUUUCUGGGGCUCAGAAACAGACCAGCGCUUGGUGCUGUGCUGCCAAGAUGUGGGCAGGGGGGGUGUAGGCUGGUGGGGGGGGGGUUGACGAUGCCUCUGUCCUUGGUGCUGUGGCUUCCUGGCUGUGUCCUGUGGCAAAUUCAGGCUCUCGGAAGGAUUUGGGCAGGUGUUUGUGUGUUUGGGCUCCCCACUUAGAAGGCUUUGCUGUUUUGACUUCUCUCUCCAUAACCCUUGCGUCAUUCCCCCCGUCUCAAACACACUCUUCUUUCCCCUAAGGCAACCGUGUCCAGAAACUGCAGUCACUUCUGGAUGGAAAAAGGGGGGGUUCUAGGGGGUUUUUUUGCAGCCAGAUUUAUUUAUGCAAAUACGGCUCCCUCUGUCCACUCUCUCUGGCUUAUAGGCACUGCCCCCCGUCUCACCAACCCUUCGUCUCCGCCUCCCAAGCCCUGAGCUUCCAGCCCCACAGGCGUGCUCAGUUCUCUGCGGGUCAGCGACUGUAUCCCCCCCCCCCGCCCAUCCCCUGUUCUAGCAACACCUCUUGCCCGUUGGUUCUCCUCCUCCCCCUGCCCCACGACCCCCCUCCUCUGGUCUUAGGGCAUCCCCGCAACACAGCCUGAACCGCGAUUUGGGGUGGUUUAUAAAGAAAGGCGGGGGCGCCCAUGUGCCAGGCUUCGCCGCAACUUACGCCUCGUGGGAAGAAACACCCCCCCUCGCCUGCUUGCUCACACCCUCUGGGCUCUCUCCCCCCCCCCCCCACAAACACACAUUCUUGCCUCUCAGGGGUGGGGCAGAAUUUCAAGCGAGGAGAAACUUGCCUAAAACGAAACGAAAAACCCACGAACCACAAACGACUUGCCCCCAAGUAUCUUUAAGUGCGUAUUAUGAAAAGAAAAUAUUUUUAUGGAUUCUUAUUCUUUUAUAAUUAUGAGGUGUAACAUGUAGUUACUCAUUAAAAUAUUGGAAAUUGGCGCAGCG